GCUGCGCUCGUGCACCACGGGGUGCGCAUUCAAACUGACCAGCGCGUGUCUCCGGGAGAGAGCGCAGACUCCUUCCUCUCCGCACAUCCUCACUAACCGCAGCAGCAGCAGCAGCAGCAGCAGCUGAGCACCGGAGCCGGUAGGUGGUUUCCUUCUUUCCUUGUCUCCUCUUCGUUUCCUCCUCGUUCACGCGGACGUGUCUCGGUAUUCGUGUUAAACCGGAUUGAACCCCGAGCAUCGCUGCGUAUUUUCGGGGGGAAUCUGCGCCGUUUUUCUCCCACGUGAGGGGGUUUCUGCUGUCGCCCGAGCGCUCCGGGUUCUGAGGAGUCUCGUGCCUCAGAUAAACCGGUCUACCUCAGGAACGAUUUAGGGUGAGAUCCGGUUACAUCCGAGGGACAAAGUCUGCGUAGAGGAGGAGGAUGAGGACGGGGGGCUUUAAGAGCUGCAUGAGACUAAAUGAGGAGCUGAAAGUUGGAAAAAAAAAUCAGAUAGAAGAGUGACGGGAUGAAAAUUUACUGUGACUUUAUUAAAAUUAUUGAAUUAAACAUUUAUAAGUUUAAAGGUUUGUUAACCUCUGCCUGCACACCUGUUCACUUUAGUUCAUUUGACUUAAACCUGAAUUAAAACAGAUAAAAGGUUCUUUUAAAAAGUUCUCAUCAAAGAUUUUUAAUGUUUUAUUUCUUCUAAAUCUCACAAAUGUCUCAUCUAAUCCGUUCUCAAUUCGACUCUGAACUCUUUUGCGUCAAAUAUUUACGCAGAGAGGAGAAAUGAGACAAAAAUAUAAUCAUCAAAUUCAGUUUUAAUUCUCCAGAUUUCUCCUCAUUGAUCCUCCGUACAGUUUUAGAGCUGCACAUGCCUCCAAAUCUGUGUGAGAGUGUAAGUCAGCUCCACACUCAGAUGCGCUUUAAUUUUAUCAGUGUGUGUUAGAGAGAGCAUCAAUCAGAGACACACACUCUGAUUCUGCAGCCUCACACACACACACACACACACUCUCUCUCUCUACACUGUACUGAACUCUGUCUAAUGCUGCUGCAGCCAGAGGGUUUCUCCUUCUCUUCGUCUCUUCAUCUCUCUGUCCUCUCUUGGUGGAUCACUCUUAAGGUCUGAGGGUCUACAGGUUCAGGGCCCCCCCCUCAGAGCAGGAUCUCGGUGAACCCUGGUUGUCCUCAGCGACUCUUACUUCAACUCCAGGUUCUGUAAAGUCUCUCAAAAACUCUCGUAGAUUUGUUUCAGAUCUGUUUUAAAGUUUUCAGUGUUUUUGCUUCUUCAUCGUGAAAACUCGAACACUUCUUUAACUUUGUGCAAAUAAAAAACACGCAUUACCCUCUGUUGUCAGGUUUAUAUUUUUAAUCUCAGAGAAAUAUUCGUUUAUUAGAAAUGACUCCAAAAGAUCCACUCCGUCUUAAAGUCCUCGAAUCUCUUCAUUAAGUCAUCUUCGUGGUUUUAAAUCAGCCGUCAGUGAGGAAGCCGUCUUUUGCUUUUUGGAGAAUUUUAUUUACACUCUGCAGAAAUCAGUCGAUCUAUUCCAAAAGCUUGUUUUAUUGUUUUAUUUCAUCUGUGUUUUGCAUUUUCGCUCUGAUCUGUGGUUUUUGCCUCCAUCUCACCACCCGUUUUAAAAUCACGUCAUGUCUCUCUAAAGCGUUUUAAACCGAGGUUAGGUGCAGAGGUGACGCUCUGUCCGGGUAAAAAUCCAAGUUCAGGUGAAAGGAAAAGAGAAGAAGCUGCUGAUAAAUUCUGCGUCCUUCACUGUGGACGGGUCAGGGAUACGCUGGAGCUGGAUAAACUGGUUUUACUGGGUUAUCCUAAAGUGGUUCGCUCUGCUCCGUGUUCACACGAGUUUGUUUUGACAUUUUGUGUGAAAAUCCUGCUUGUAUGUAAAAGUUAAAAUAACAUGAACUUAUUUAGUCCUUAUUGAUGCAGGUAGACGAAGCUUUGGUGAGGGAGAAGCUGCCGUCUGGAUGUUCAGGAGGUUAUGUUCGAAACAUAAACGGAGAUUAUUCGGCUGAUCUUUUCUUUAAUAUUUGAUUUUAUUUUUUUACUUUUCGUGUCCUAAAGGUCUGGAGUUUGAUUUGUGGAUAAAAGAUUGAACAAAGUGAGAAAAACAGAGAGAUAAUUUUUACUUUUGUAGAAAUUAAACAAACUUAAAUUAAUGACGAGAAUCAUAAAGAUGAAUAUUUCAGUUUUAGUUUUACUUUGAAUUCAGGUGAAGUUUAGUCGACUGACCGUCUCACCUCCUCUUUUAUUUUGUGUCACUCCUCUAUCCUGUUUGUGACCUGUGUGAUUGUAAGCCCCGCCCACAUUUGUCUCACCUGUGUGUGAUUAACCUCAGUCCCUCUCGGUGUCUCUUUGUUGAGCUUCUCUCUCCUCGUGUUUGGACUUUAACUCUCUGGCUGUUAUUGUUGGAUCUUGAUUUUUGACCCUCACCUGUCCGCCCUCACCUGACUGUAAGUCUCACCUCUUAAUUGUUGCUCCAAGAUCAGUCUGUGUUUUAGUCCUGCCCCGUGUUUCCCAGUUUUCAGUCCUCUUGAUCAGGGUAACGUGACGACAGAUCAGGGUUAUUAUAGAUAAACCGAAACACCGAUUAGAUAAGAGUCGUAUAUUUCUCGCUCUGUGUGUGUGUGUGUGUGUGUGUGUGUGUGUGUGUGUGUUUCUGCCGUUAGAAUAAAACUCUAGUUGUCGUUUUAAACUAACCAAACUUACCGAUGGGAUCCCAAGAAAAGAGAGAGAGAGCUUUGAUUUACGUCUAAAAGCUUUUUAAUUUAAAUCUCAUAAUUUUCAAAGAAUUUCAGCAACAUUUUCAAAGAUUUUUAGGCUCAUUGUUUUCUGAUUUAAUCUAUGUUUAUAUACGUUUUAUCUUUAUGCAUUUAGACUCUAUGAGAAAGUUUAGUUUUGUCUUGGAAUAUCAUCCCCUCACUUUAAUUUUAGUUCACCUGCAGGCGCCUUAAACCCUCACCAGUCAGACCCCAAAAGAAAAGAAAGAGUUUGUGAUACAUGAAAAGGAAAUAUUUACUUUUUUUUUUUUUUUUUUUUAAAAGCUGGAUGUGGAUUUUAGUAAAAUAUGAAAAACUUUAGAUGUAACUGCUUAAAAAAAAGUCAGAAAAUGUCUGAUUUUUACAUUUUUUUAAAGCCGAAAUGAGUGAAAAAGAAAAACAGAUCUGACAUAAUGGAGAAAAUUUGAAGGAAUUUCCUGUUUUCUGAUUUUACGUCUAAGAACUUUUAAUUAAAAUCUCAUCAGAAAUGGAACAUUUUCGAAGAUUUUCAGGCUCAUAUUUUUAUUCAUAUACUUUUUUAUCUUUAUGCAUUUAGACUUUAUGAGAACGUUCAGUUUUUCCCCAGAAUACCAUCCCCUCACUUUAAUUUGUGAUAUUUUCUCUUUUUAAAGCUGGAUGUGUCGUUUUAAAACUCGAGUCUGAGUGAGUGAUUUUAGUAAAAUAUGAAGAAUUUGAGAUGUUCUGCUUAAAAAAAUGUCUAAUUUUUAUAUAUUUAAAGCCAAAAUUAGUGAAAAAGAAAAAUAAAUCUGUCAGAAUGAAGAAAAUUUGAAGGAAUUUUCUGUUUUCUUAUUCCUUGUGCUGAUAUUUUUACUUAUUACGAGCAGUUAAGGUCUUUAAAUUCGGAGCUUAAUGCACAUUUCAAUCAAAUUCCACUGAAAUUAAACCAAAUGAGACGUUUCUUAGACUUCAGAUAAAAUCACUUCCUCAGAUUUGAGUUGAACAAACUUUUCCGUCAUUGACGAGAAGAAAUCUUUAAAUUCAGAUCAAAUUUAAAUCUGCGUCUGUGUCCGGGUGAUUUUUUACUGAGAUUUCCUAAAACGCCGUCAAACCUCAGAGGACGCCAAAAUCCACGCGGGUAGAGAAUCUCAGAGUGGAGGUUUCUCACAGAUCCGAGGAUGAGGGAGUUUUUUUUUGUGUGUGUCUGACUCGGUGAAUAAAUCAGGCGCUGAGGUUGAAUUUGGAGGCUCUGCGGCGAGGAUUCAGAGUGUGAUGUGGAAAAGUGCGUUCUGGCCUGAUGUGUUAUAAUCUCACAGCAUCUGUUAAUGCAUCUCUGUCUCUCACUGUCACCGUCUCACUCUGACAGCAGCAGCAACACGUCUCACACACGUAAUCUGCACCCCUGAAACACAUCCACCGAGCAUGCUGGGAUUUACCGUGACAAACUGUGAGUGUGUGAAGUGUGUGUGUGUGUGUGUGUGUGUGUGUGUCGGUGUGUGAGGUCGCAGUGAAUGAGGAAUGGAGAUGGCGCGCUGACAUCACACCGCGGUCCAGGUGGACUUUGCCAAAACCCGGUCCCCAAAUUAUCACCUCCGUCUCCUCGGCUCGUCUCUGAAAAAUGAGGCGCCACACUUCACACACACGCACACACACACACACACACGCGCACACACACGCUGAAAGGAUCCUAUCAAUCGAGUUCAUUAUUUUAUUCCUCCAGAGCCAAAUAGGUAAUGAAAAGGAGACGGCGUGCACGGCUCUCCACGCAGGAAACAAGAUUUAAAACGGCGGAAACCAAAGAACAUUUGUAGAUGAUAAAUCCUUUUGAGCUUCAAUUUUUCAGCCUGAUCCUGCAGAAACAUCCAUUUUUCAUUUGGUUCCUGAUUGAAUGUUCCUAUUCAGACUCCUGUAAGAUUUAAAGAAGUGACUGAACACCAGCGAGCAGAUGCUCUUGUACCUCAGGAGCUGCAGGCGAUCACACACACACACACACACACGGUUUACAUUUAACACAACGCAGCACCAACAAAUGUUCAUGCAUGCGCCUGAUUUUCUCUGCAGCAGCCUUUCAAAAUAAGAGCUUCACAUGUUUGAUCUUAUUGUAACAGUAACAAAACAUCAAAGUGACCGUGAAGACGUGAAAUCUUGAAGUCCUCUGAUUUAAACUCCGUUUUUUUCUCCUCUCUCUCAUUUCGACUGUGUAUUAAAUUUGUAAAUAUUGUCAUUAGGAGACGUGUUUGUCGCUGAUUUUCCUCCAUCAUAAAUCUGGAGACCGUCCCUGAUGUUUGUUCAUGAAGAGGACAGAUUAUUAGGAACACCUUUCAGUAGAAAACACUCCUGAUGUCUUUUGCUGUCUGUAGAAAAGAAACCACAUUGGAAAACAUUUGCAGGAGGACAAAGACAGACAAACUAAGGCUACGUUCACUCUGCAGGUUCUGAUGCACAAUUCUGAUUUUUUUGUUAAAUCCGAUCUUUUUGUGCGGUCGUUCACAUUACAACAUCGAAUGCGGUAUCUAAUGUGAACAGAAUGUGUUCGUGAAGUGACCUGCGUGCGCACAAAGCAGGACAAAAUAACAGAAUACAUGAUGGUUUCAGUUGACGUUCCAGCCUGUCAUCAGUCACAGGACUAAACCAGGACUCAGUUUUCUGUUUAAAUGCAACAUUUUGAAGACACGUUACCACUCGAGAGACAUAUUUUGUAAAUUGCUUUGACAGCAGAGCUAACCUUCAAUCAUAAACUUAUGAAUUACUCACCCGUGUCGCCGGCAGAGCUUCUCGCUGGGCUGGCUGCUGCUGUGGUGCCUGGAGAGUCAGCGGGGUCCUCUAAAGACAGACAGCUGGGUUUGCCACCCAGAAUUUUAUGGACAGGUUACACGACCGCGUCCGCUUCUUUGGUUCACGUCCUUCGUCUCUUUUAUAUUUAGCGUGAAGGCUUUUGAUUUCCCGCUGGCACUGCAGCCAGGAACGCUUGACGCCUCGCUCGGCCAAUUCCUUGGCGAUUUCCUCGAACACCGCCCGGUUACGGUAUGAGCCCUCUAUUUUGGCUUCAACUGACCGGUCUCCCCAUAUAUUUAUCAACUCUAAUGUUUCUUCUUUUCACCACCGGCUGUUCUCCGUUCCCUCGUCCACCAUCAGGUCGUCGAACAAUGGUGACGUUUGUCGCAUAUUGAUGACGUAUAGGUCGGAUGAACGCGACCUGAGCGUCCACACUGCAGUCACAUCGGAUACAUAUCAGAUUUAUAUCCACAUACAGAAGAGGCCUGGGUCGGAUCAGAACAAAUCAGAAUUGCACGGUUCACCCUUAGAUGAAAAAAUUAGAUAUGAGUCACAGACGGUUAAAAAAUCAGAAUUGAUGUUAAAGAUACGAAUAGUAUUUAAAAACUUCUGUUUGAUGCUCAGACACAACAUGAAACCUUUAAAAGUUCAUUAAAAUCCGACAGUUAGAGGAGAAAUCUUUCAUUUGACGAAGGAAGAAAAGUCGCUGCAUGGAUUUCUUCACGAUGAUACUGAUGUUAAAGUGCCAGAUUAGAUUGUUUGUAAAGAAAUUUGAGACUUCUCACCAUCUUAACCUUCUUGUUGUUAAUCCAACCAGAGCAACCAGAGCAAGCUCUAGAGGUGACUGUUUUGUGCCGCUCAGGAAAAGAGCUUUUGGCCGAGCUGUAUUCUCCUUUCCUGCAUCACGAUCCUGGAACCAAAUAGCCGAGCACCACACGUGAACUCCCAACCCUCACUUCUUUUACUGAACAUCUCAAGUCAAACCAGACCUGCCGUCAUAAUCAUCUCUAAAACUGUUUAUGUCUAAUCGGCUAAUUGAUUUGGGGUACCACUCUUAAUUUGAUCUGGCGUACAUGGAAAUUAGCCGUUUGGCUGUAAUCCCACAUAUUUACAUGUAAAUGUUCGUCAAUAUGAACUGUUCCAAUUCUUAAAAAUAAAUACAUAGAAAAUAGAAAUAAUAAUUAGAGGGAGACGGGGUCGUUUUCUCCUACGAUAGUUGAUUAUGAUCUUCGUUUUGGAGACUUUUAAAAUAAUAAUAAUAAUAAAUUCAAUAAUGAAACUCGUCGUUGUCCUGGGAGACGAAGAAGCUGAAACUGAAACAGAGUUCUUCGCUGUGGCGUCCCGCUGAGAGCUGAUUCAGCACUUUUAAGAACUGAGCCCGUGUGUCUUCAGGUCACUAAACUCGAAACUGUUUUCAUUCGAUACCUGAACUUGGUGCACGUCAAAAUAAAAGCAUAUUUGAGAUAAAGAUAUUAAACAUCAAAAUAAGAGCGUGGAAAGGUUAUUAUUUCUGAUGGUCAUGAGUCUGAUCUCAGGACGGCCCCGCUGGAUCUGUGGUUCUGGGUCACAUUAGGUCCCCCUGUUGUCCUCCAUGUUGAACCUCAGACCACAGUUUUGUUCUUCCUGCACGUCUCUGCAGAAGUCUGUUCGGUCACGCCCACAUUCAGACGUCUUUCAUCAAAAUUUACUUCCUGUGUUUUUUUGUUUUGUUUUAUCGACACUUUUCCACCGUGUUCAACAACAUUUGGUUCUUUCGACCCUUUAAGUGCAUCUGAUGCAUGAAAGGAGGGCUGUGAUUGGCUCCCAGGUGGACAUGAUCCCUGCAUGAUUGGUUCCUGUCCGUCAGAUCUGAUCUAGGGUCGGUUAAGUGUCGUCAGAUGAAAGUUCGGAGCGGUACAAACUUUGUAAAUCAGUUUUUUUUUGGAUCUUGUUCUUCGUUGUGUCCCUGAGUUUCUCCUCAUGUCUGCUCUGCUCUGUUUCUCUCAGGUACAGAUAAAAAGAAGAAGGAGAAGAAGAAGAGGAGGAGGAGGAGGAGGUGAUGUUGUCCUCCCAGCUCAGCUCACUGUGAGGGUUCGAGUCUGAUAGCAGCGCCGUUUCCUCCACUUCCUGUUUUCAAACUCAAAAGUCAGUCCGCUCCUCGCGCUCCACCUCGCGCUCCACCUCGCGCUCUCCUCAGCGGUCCUCAGUGCCAUGGCCUUCACCCUGUCAGAGAUCAUGGCAGCACGGCGGCAGCAGCAGUCUCAGUCCCACACUCAGAGAGGCAGAGCGGCGGUGGAGGUGGACGAGUACAGCACCAACCCCACCCAGGCCUUCACCUUCUACAACAUCAACCAGGGACGCUUCCAGCCGCCGCACGUCCACAUGUGAGUACCUCAACACCGUCUACAUGACUUAAACAUUUCUUAUGAUUUUUAACUUUUUUAAAACUCAAAUGUUUUUAUUUUGCGUCCAGAAAGUCCGACUCCAUUUCUGAUUCAGUUUGAGAAUCACAAAUAUUUGAUCCAAACAGUUGAUGGUGAGAAAACACGAACCUUCUAAUCUUCACAAACUCCGACUUAUUAGCGCGCUCUCCAAAAUGAAGACCCCGCCCCUUUAGCUCUACAUGCAAGCGAGGCUACAGAUUUCUGCAGAGGAGGCGACUCGGUCACGUUUGGUUUUUGGACUAUUUUGCACGGACGUGUUCCUCCGCCUGCAGCAGGAUCAGCUUCUUAGUUCGGUUUGUCUCUUUGACGUCUCCAGAAAAAAAAGCAGCUGAUCGAUGCGCUGCAGGUCGAGGACACGCACUCGUGUCGUGUCGUCUUUAUUUUCUGAUGGUAAAGAGCUAAAAAAGUUUUCACUUAAACUGAAACUUCGAGUCUCUUUUUCAACAUUGUUGUUUUUUCUGUCAGACAAAUAUUGUUUUGAGUUUGAGGUGAAAAGACCUUCGAGUGAAACGACUUCUUUACAACACGAUCCACAAACAUUUUAACUGUUUUGAGUUUUUUUUAAUUUCAGGAAAAUAAACGAGAGAAACUUUGAUUUUGGAUGAAUACGCGGCCUUCAGUUUGUUUUUGUUUCAAAACCAAUUCAGGGAAAGUCGAGUCCCGACAAAAGAUCUGAAAUUGGUUUCUCUGCUGAUGGUAUAUUGUCUUUAAAUCUGAUUGUUGCACAAAAGCAAAAUCAAUUACAAGCAGCGACCUUCAUCGUUCUCUCCUCAUCAGUUUUUAAAAAAUCAUCUCCAGUGUGAAGUUUGAGAAAAGAAGGAAGAAUAAACGAGAGUGAAUUUCUUCUUCUUCUUUUUAUACUUUAAAAAAACACAUUUUUAGUUCAGUGAAGGUAGAGCAACAAAAUCAGCUUCUCCACAGUAAACAUAAGAGACUUCACGCUAGGAGAACAUGUGUAAACAGAGGUCGACUUUCCCAUCAGGCAGAGGGACAGGAAUGUUAAAGACCCCCAAACUGAAGGAACGCGACUCUAAAAACUGCAGACUACUAAAUUCAACCCUAACCUAAACUCAAAGAGAGGUAAUCAGCUGACUCUCACUGGUACAAAUCCAGAACCACGCCGUCUCUUUAAAGGGAUAUUCCGGCGUAAAAUUAAUUUAGAGAAUUAAUUGAGAGUAUUGCUAUCCUGCGGUUGUUACUAAAGUUGGUAUAACUAGAGAAGCAAGCGGUCGGCAACAUUCAUCUCUGGAGGGGGGGUCUAACUCGGUGUUACGGUGGGUUUGACCCUAAAUUAAAUUUACGCCAGAAUAUCCCUUUAAUUUGUUCUCAGCCAAAAAAGAGGGAAAAAAAGGUAUAUAUGUGAAAAAACAAAAAAACAUUUCUUUAUCAUUUCCUUGAAGUAAUAAUCACCAUAUUAAGUAACUUGGUGUUAAGGUGUGAUUCAGUUUGAACUUUCCUAAAGUUGAGUUAAAAUCAGAUGAAACUCUUAAAAGCUUUUAUAUCGAGGUUCUAAAUCCUUUUAAUAAAUCGUCUUUUUGUACAUUUCCUGACAUGAUGAAGGAAAUCAAACUCCUUCUCCUUCUUCUUCUUCUUCUUCCUUCUUCUUCUUCUUCUGAACUCUCGGUGUACUUUAUUACUUUCUGACUCAGUUCUUCUCGUCUGUCCUACAUGCAUCUUCUCUCCUCCUUCCUUCCUUCUCUCUUGUUGUGGGUGCAGAGGAGGAGGAGGAGGAGGAGGCAGGGCUGGAUGUUAUCGUACCUGGAGGAGAGCUCACUAAAGUGGGCCAUGGUUAUUCACCAGCUCCCCUCUUCCCCCUGGAGACCCCAUGGAUCCGCACGCUCGCAGGAAGUCCCACAGGACGCCGUUCUUCUUCCAUAUCUGCGCUUUUUUCUCUCUCUAUCUCUGCACAUUUCUCUUUCUGUCUCUGCUCUUUUAUUGUGGCCUCUCGCUUCUCGCUGCGUCUCCUGUUUCCUCCUCCUCUGCCUCGGUCUGUGGGGAGGAUUUUCUGCUGGAUACUUAUUCAGACUUCUUUCAUUGUCAGCGUCUCACCACAGAGACUUUGCAUACGGCAGAGUCGUUUCUUUAAUAACAGCCGCAGUGACCCCUUUUCUCACGUCCUCUCUUAACUUUCUCCUCCUCUUUUCUUCCUCCUCUCUUCAGGGUGGACCCCAUGCCCCACGACACGCCCAAGCCGCCGGGCUACACCCGUUUCGUUUGCAUCUCAGACACUCACUCCCGCACAGACUCCAUCCAGAUGCCGUACGGCGACGUCUUCAUCCACGCCGGAGACUUCACCGAGCUGGGGCUGCCCUCCGAGGUCAAGAAGUUCAACGACUGGUUAGGUCAGCAUCUUUAAAGUUUUAUACGAGAAUCUGAAGUAGAUCAGGAGGUCGGCGUCUAAUCCUGCAGAUUCAGGACUGCAACUCGGGGCCUGCUUCUCUAGGACCAUCAGUUGUUGGGAUAAUAAACACCAAAAAUACUGAAUGGUGCAAGAAAGAAAAAAAACAAUACAGAGAAACUAAAAACGUAGAAAAAUGAAAUCAGACACUAAAAAUGUUUAAGAACGAUUUUGUUUGACACUUAAAAUGGUUCCACUCAGAAAACUGUUUUUUACACAGAGAAUAAUCUUGUUUGACCGCGUGAAUGGUUUCAUUUAACAUAAAAAAAAGGUAAAUCAGAUGAUUGUAAUGCAGUUAGACACUAGACAAGUUUAAGUUACACACAAAAAUGACUUUGAUUCACGUGAAACAAUUCUGUUCAACUCCAAAGCUGUAAUAAAACACUUUAAAAAUACUUAAAAUGGUUAUGUUACAAACCAAAUGACAAAGAUACUUAAAUCAAACAGACUAUUUAUAUACAGACUUAAAGGCAGUCAGACAUUUAAAACGGUUAUAAAAACACUUAAAAUACAGAAAAGAAUCUAAAACUGGAAACACACUUCUCAUUACAAGUUAAAAGUGUUAAAACAAGAUGCUUGAAAACACACUUAAAAUGUAAUCCUCGGUGUUGCACCAGAACUGAAAUACAACGCAAAAAUGUUUAUCUUGGACAUUAAAUAUGGUUUCUUUCAAACACUUAAAACACACUUAAGACACUUGAAAUGGUAACCAACUUAAAACAGAUAAGACGACACACAAUAGUUACGUUACACACUAAAUUUGCCGUUAGACACACAAAAAUGCUCAUCAAGCACAAAAAAACUCCAUCAGACACUAAAAUAGUUUGUGUUCUUAAAAUAACUUAAAAUGAAUGGCUGAGUUGAAAUACAGAAAACGCUAAAAAAAAGAACUUAAAAUGGUUAUGUUACUAACAAACCAAAUAGCAAAGGUACUUAAAUCAAACAAAGACUGUUUCUGAAUAUUUUACAGACUUAAAGGCAGUAAGACAAUUAAAACGAUAAAGAAACACUAAAAAUACAGAAAGACUCUUAAAUUGGAAACACACUUCUCGUUAAACAUUCAAGUUAAAAGUGCCGAUUGGCUUUCAUGUUAAAAAUGAGAUGUUUGAAAACGCACUUAAAAUGUGGCCCUCGGUGUUGCACCAAAACUGAAAUACAGCCACAAAAAUGUUUAUCUUGGACAUCAAACAUGGUUUCAUUCAAACACUUAAAACACACUUAAGACACUUGAAAUGGUAACCAACUUAAAACAGAUAAGACGACACACUAUAGUUACGUUACACACUAAAUUUGCUGUUAGACGCUCAAAAAUGCUCAUCAAAGAAAACUUUAAAGUAGUUUAUGGUCUUAAAAGAACUUAAAAUGAUUGGCCAAGUUAAAAUGCAGAAAACACUUUAAAAAAUUUAAAUGAUUAUGUCAGACACUAUCAUGCUCUUAAAGUGCACUUAGACCCUAAAACUGGAGACAUUAAAUGAAAUAAUAUCAUGCAAUUAAAAAAUGUCGUUGAUGGAAACCCUAAACACUUAAAAUACAGAAAGACCUUAAGAGAUUUUAAUGAUUCAACCCUUUUAAGAACAGGCUUCAACUUUUCAACUUUAGAGUCUUAAGUCAGACAAUAAAAGUGCGUUAAUAUCGCUGUUCGACAUUCAAAUCGCAGUAAAAUGAUCUAAAACCUGGUCCAUUAGAUGGUGUCGCUGCGAACAUCGAGGGUCCUAUAAUUGCAGUCGUGAUCCUGCAGCCUCAGGGUCUGCAGACUCGUGCUGCUCGACCCGUUUUCAUAACUGGGUCUCUCUGAUGAUGUGAUAAUGAGGCUGCCGGGGUCACUGCGGGGCCGUCAGUCGACUGUGGGUGAAAACUUUGAAGGAAACUGAAGCUCCACAGCGAUUCUUUGAGGUUUCUCUUUUUCACUGUAAACUAAAAAAAACAAACGCGGAUUAAAACCCUCGUCCUUUUUAUAGCCUCCAUACCUUCUUCUAAUAGAUUUCCUCGCCUACUUGGUUGAUUUGAGUCUUUUCUACGCUGUUGUUGUUGUUGUCGGGUUCAGGGACGCUAUGAGAGCGUGAGAGAUUUGUGUUGGCCUUUGAACAGCAGCGUCUUUAAAAACGUGAGAUUUUUCUGUCUGUCUGCUUUUUGUUUGUCGUCUGUGUUCAAUUUCUCCGAAAACAGGGUUUAUGAAUGCAGCGCUUUGUGGCCGCUGAUUCUCAAAUCCUUGAGGAGCCCCUUAAACACGCCACAAAAGAGAGCGCUUGAAAAUUGCUUUCUGCUCCUAACUGCACUUCUACACAAUGACAAGUUAGAAAAGUAACUUCCUGUCCAUUGCCGUGAACGUUCAGUCGACUUUUUUUCUUCCUUCUUUGUCUGAGCGUGCAGACGUGGACUGAAACAAAAGUGCCGGGGAAGAAAAAACUCAAAGCAGAGAUUGUUUUUCUUCUUCUUCUGGGAAGCAGCAGCAGACCGCAGUGAUGUACAGAUGAUGUGUGUGAGGUUUGUGUUCACCCGCAGUGUGAGUCUGUUUUAGGUUAAAGUCUCUCACAGUUCAUGCAUGUGCAGUUUAACCUCCAAACUCAAAGUUUCUGCAGAAAGAAACAAAAACGGCGAACGGCGAGUUCACAACAAGAGUUACUGAUGAUGGGGAGAUCAGUUCUUUUGACUGAAUCUUUAGAAUCCGUUCAUUAAAAUGAUUCAUUCAAAAGAUUCAUUAUCGCUUCUUCACCCCAGCUGCAGUACACGAGUUGAACGAGCCCCUCCCCUUCUGCUGAGGUCACAGCGUCGUUCACUGACACAUAUCGCUAAACAAGAGCGAGUCGUCGUUCUUUUAUAUCGCAGAAAAGAGGAGAAAUUAAAAAUUAAUAAACAUCGCAGCUGUAGAGGAGAUUCUGACCCCCGAUCUCCACCUUCAUCCUGAUCGUCUCCUAAAAGGUCGUAUCCUCCGAUCGUAGCUGAUCGUAACCAUUCAAGUUAACGUGUCGAUUUACACCGACUUCUUUCCGUUCCUCUGCGGAUCGCCGGACUCCUCAGCUGAUCACAUCCGGCUUCUUUUCAAAAUAAAACACUCCGUGUUUCAGGAGGAUCGUAUUUCACACCAUGCAAACGGGCGGAGACGAACAAGUGAAAGGUUUUUAGACGUCAUUUCACCCCGAUGACACCAUGGAUGAGGAGAUGCUGAUUCUAGAAGUCUAGAAGUAGAUUUCCUCCUCUGGAAGGACACAAUCUACUGCUUAUAUGUCUAUGUGUCUGUCUUUAGAGAGACAACUCGUUAUCGUGCGAUUGAACAUGAAUCCGCGGGUUCUCGUGAGUUCUUGCGAUUACCACUGUCCGUAAUCCGUUACGAAAUUCACCUCACAAACUGAUUUGGUAGAAUUGGCGCACAGCGAAAAUCGCUGCCAUUCCAGAUCGGAGCUGUCCCGGAUGCGGUGGAAAUCCCAGGUGAUACUUUUAAAGAUAUCAAAUAUCAUAUUUCUUUAAAUCGGCUGAAAUUAAAUCUUCUUACAGGAAAGUUUAUACACGUGCCUCUUAGAAGUCGUUCCUUUCGUUCACAGACUGACCGACACAUGUCGUUCAUUCGCUGUGAGCAAAUCACGAGACUCCACCCACUCGCUGGCUCUCUGUGUGUCGUUCGCCAAAGAGUCAAAGGCGGCAGUUCCACUCCUGACCGGCACGCCAGACUCGCGGCUGAGCUCAACCGAACUGAGAAAUCAGGUCUUGGAGUGAAUCUAUUCAUGUCGUUCACUCAGCAGUUCCGUACUUUUAAACGAAUCAACAUGAGGGAUGACAACAGUAUGGCUCUGUAGUAGAAGAGUCCUGCUGAGAAACGGGUCUGAUGCAGACUCUGAUAAAUCAACGACAGAGUUUCAAUGAUUUUCAAACCAUGAAAAUCAGUUUUCAUGAAUGUUUCCUGCAGCAUGGUGACUCCUCUGGAGUUUCUCGACGAACGGUUCAGUUUCUUUAAAAAUAUCAGACCUGUAAUCGGGGGGGUAGAGCGGAUGGGUUUGUGCCGUUUCUUUCGUUGGAAGUCGUGCAGGAACUCUGCAGAGCUCGGCCUCGUCUUCUUUGACUUUCUGCCUCACCAGCUUCCUCCUCCGCGGGCGUCUUAUCUCUGCGCCGAGUCGGGAGCAAGUGUAAGUCUUAUCAGCACUAACCGAUAUCAGCUGGAAACCAGGAAGGAGUGACCUCGCAGGAAGUCGUGUGCGACAGAAAAACUGUUGAAUCUGUGAAUCUACAAGCGUCGCCGCUAUCGUCUCCAUCACCAUCAUCCUCGUCCUCUGCGUCACCAACACCAGCAGGAGUCUGUCAGCGUGUGCGUGCACGGGCCUUUCUGCGAGUGUGUGAGCCAGUUUGUCUCUUUCUUCGGGGGGGGAGAACUUGUUGUCCUUCCUCACACACACACAUGCGAGCUGCAGGGAGCGCAAGCUGCAAAUCCGCUCGCCUGCACUCCAGCGGCGAGAGAGGCAACGGGAGAGACGGGGAAGAAAAGAUAAACCGAGCCAAACGCGCCUGCUGCCUCUGAAGUCGCUCUCUCCCUCCAUCCCUCUCUCCUCCCCCCAUCUCGUCCUCCUCUCCCCCCGUAUAAAUAUUUAUAAUCUCGUCUAUUCCUAUUCUUUCUCUCUCGUUCAUCGCCUCCUGCUCCUCAUCUCUGUCUCUCACACACACACACACACACCAGCUGAUUCUGUAGAUGAAUGUAACUCCUGCUGUUCCCUGUGUGCAGAGCAGAUUUGCACAGAGAUCAGAUAUUCAUUUCCAAGGAAUUGCCUCCAACCAAGCCUCGUUCAGGUAGCAAUAAAUCGACUCCAAACUUUAUUAUCCUCAUCGUCCUUCACUUGGUUCGCCGUCGAGUUUUCACCUUUUUCACGCGGCGGCUGAUUUUUCUCUGAGGUCAAACUUCAGAUCUGCGGUGUGAUGAUGUUCGACUGUCUCUGAACCUUUUUUUUAGAGAGCUUCCGACUAACCUGAAGGGUCUCCACCUGACUGAAACCUCUGACUCUGGUUUUGUGCUCGUCUGUAAACGUGGAUACAGACCAUGUCACCUGAUCUCGAGGUGGACCCUUAAAUCUGACGUCUUCCCUUCCUUCCCUCGCUGUCACCGUCUUCAGAGUGUCUCUCCUGUCAUUUCUGCAGAACUCUCUGUGCUUUUUAUUCGAUGAAAUCUGCAGAAGUUUGAUUUUUUAUUUUUCGGUGAUCACAAAAGUUUCUCAAUAUCAUAAACUGUUGACCGUCAUGACUUUCAGAGUCCAGCUGAGUCGCUCAUUUGUCCAGAAAUGAUAAUAAAUGUAGUUAGCUUACGACCAUAGACUGAAUAAAACACCCACUGCUUUCUUCUAGGGCUGAACAAUUAAUCGAUUUUAAAACCGUAAUCAGAUUAUUUGAUUAUGACAAUGGCUCCUGAACCGUAGGCUCCUCCUCCUUCCCAGUUCCCACACACACCUGUGUAAACAAACAUGGCGUUUGCACAUGAAGACGAUAAUUUCGUGGUUAAAUAGGACAAGAGCGAGUCAGUCGUGUUGAAUUGGUACGACUUCACAGUUUCAGAUGAAGAGUAAACCACUCCCCGCUGUAAAGUCUGUCUGAAGGCGGUAUCAACCCGUCACCAUGGAAACGAAUUCAGGUGGAAACGCUAAAGGUUUUGUCGUAUCGGCGUUUCAGGUGACUGUAAAAGGUACUUUUUGAAAACGGGUCAGAGAAUGAAUAAAUCUGUAAACGACGACCAUUUCAUCGCCGUGUGGAUGUCUAUCUGCAUCUCUGGAAACGAUCAUGUGACACGCAGAGUAACUCUUUUAUGGCGCCAAAACAACCUUUAUACACAUGCUCUGAACUCUUCUCCAGCAUUACAGCGCCACUUACUGGCUUGGCAUAUGCACUACAUCGUUUUCAGUGUUUUUUUGUUUUGAGAGACGAUAGAAAAACUUUUUUUAUUCUUACAGUGAAGUUUAGUGAAGUCGUCACUGAAUAAAAAUCGAAAAUUGAGUUUUCGGAGACAAAAAUCUGGAUUUUAUUUUCGGCCAAAAUCGUGCAGCCCUACUUUCUGCUGUAGUACAAUAACCUGUCAGUCAAGUAAGCCACGCCCCUCAUCAUGCAAACUUCUUAAAUUGUACGUCUCAAGUACAAAGUUUGUUUCGUAGCAGACGUGUGAAAGUCUGCCAUCUUAAAACUGAACCAAAUGGAGGAUCUUGGUGUUUUGAGACAGCCCCUAGUGGUCGCUGGAGGAACUGCAGUUUCAGCUGCUUUCUUCUAACUUUGAGUUCUGAGCUUCAGCGUCAUGACAGCUUAUAGAAAUUUCAGCAGAGGAAAAUGUCUUCUGUGUGAAUUUCUCUCCUCCUCUUCUUAGCGCCGACUCUCCCCCUCUCCGAACCCCUCUCCCCCGUUCAGCCCUCGAUGGCAGCUCUCUCAGAUUGUUCUCUCAGCUCUUAUUUUUAGCAGGAAGUCAGUCGGCUCUCGGGGGCCGCUGGCAGCCGCUCAAGACUUUGUCAGGGAUGGCGAGCGCUGCAGGAGAGGAAGGGAGAGAAGAAAAGAAAAGAGGGGAGGACUGAGGAGGUAGGAGGAAGCUGUAAAUGAGGAGAUGGCAGGAGAAGAGUUACCUGGAUAAACUCGCAGAUUUACAGGAGAGACAGCCAAACUUUUCCUCUCCGCCACAGCGAUCUGUGCGAGUCCAGCUGUCAGUCACUGCAUGAGGACUUGUGGUGUCCUCGUGUGCACGAGUCUGCACUACUCUGCAUUUUUUUUCCUCCACACUUGGAGGCGAAGGAUUCUGGAUCCAGAUUCAGAUUUCCUUUUUUACUCGCAGACGAUCACAGUCUAAUAACCAAACUCGACUGAAGCUGAAAAAAAAUAGGUGAAUUAUGAAGAAGAAGAAGACACUUUACAGAUCACCUGUUCAUGAUAUUUGAUAAGACGACGUAUUUGGACCACAUUAAGAAAAAAAAGAAGACUUUGAGAUUUGAGUCGUAGCUAAUAUUCUGACCUGUUGUUUUAGAGGAGAGUUGUUGCGCUGUGGAGCAUUUAGAUGAUUUGUACUUCAGUAGCCAUAGAUUUCACAAACAAGGAGAUCCUAAAUCCUCUGUCGUUUCAGCAUCACAUCGUCAUAAGUAUCAGGACUUUAAAACGAAUAUACGAGAAAGUCGCUUUACUGCAGGACUUAGAGGGAAUCGCUGCUUUCCUGGAGGCAGAAAUGGCUGGAAUUUUAUUGCGACUUUAUUCUCCAAGUCUUCAUUUUUUAUUUUAUUUUUUUUAUGUGGCCCUAAUAUUCUGUCGUAAUUUGACGAAUAUGUAGGGAUGGGAAUCGAGAACCGGUUCCAAAUGGUUCAAUCCAUCAGCAUCAUUUACAUUUUAUCUUAAUGAUUCCUUUCUUCUUGGUGCCUAGAAAAACAGUCUCGCAAGUGCCAGUCUACGUGAACGGAAACAGAGACAGAGAAAAAAACAUGGCAGAAACGAUCUAAAGUGUGGCUUCAUUUUACAAAGAAAGACGAAAACAGUGUGACGUUUGUCGAGCAGUGAUGACAUGCGAAUAUGGAAACACCAGCAAACAUUUGUCAACGAGGCACGAAAUCAAGUCUAAGGAGUCACAUGUAUUCGAUGUUCUCCGCCGGUUCGUCAGCCGCGGCAUUGAAGGAACUUAUGUUAGGGUGACCAUACGUCCUCUUUUACCCGGACAUGUCCUCUUUUGGGGAGCUGUUCGGAGGGAGUUUAUAAAAUCCUUCAAAUGUUCGGAACGUGUAUCCAUUGAUUAUAAAACAGUGCAGAGGAUCAGUCCUCUCCGCAGCUCCGCCCCUUCGCUCACUUCUAAGCAAAGCCACGGACACGACGCACACAUGCGCUGUCUUUGGGAAUUCAGAAUAAUUUACGUUUAACUGAGUUAGAAGAACAUAAAAAACACUCGACCCAACCGAGAAAAAAAACUCAAAAUUUCGUGAUUUCGCAAAUCAAUAAGCAGAAUCAAUAAUAGCAUCAAUAUUCGAUAAAAUCCUAUCGAUUUUCCAUCCCUACGAAAACAUGACUCCAAUAUUAUUUUCCUGACGUUAAUAAAGCGACGACACACGUGACCUGUGAUACUUUAGCUAACGGGUUUUAAUUACAAUCUCACAACGUUGUUUUAUUAGACGUCUUUGUGCGAAGCUACAUGAAUCUGAGUUGAACGCAGUCAGACGGAAACAACACGACUAAGUGUCGUUUGAUUGGUGUUUUCGUAAACUGAAGCAUCCGUUGGCGGUUUCAUCCACACAAUCGUCGCUGAUAAACUCCUGACUUCCCCUGCCUAAACGCCGUUUUUUCUGAUGAGCACAUUGUUCCUCCUGCAGAGCUGCGAUCGUUUAAAAACGCGCCUCAGAGUGGCGUCGAGGAUGUGGAGCCGGGCGCUGGAUUGUGAGGAUAGAGGCUGAUUACGCAGGACAGGUGAGGAGAGAGAAAAAGAAGCGAUGAGAGGGCGAGAGAGAGGCAGACCUCGAGCUCGUGUUCGGCGCCGCUUCCCUGCAAUUGUCUCCAAUAAUGGCCUCUUUGAUCAGGCUUUCAGCGCGCGAACACACACACACACACACACACACACACACACACACACACACACACCAACAAGCAUCCACGUGGUUUCGGUAAGCCGAGCCUCUCUGAGUGUUUGCGUGUUUGUUUGUGUUCGCCGGCCUCGCAGCAGACUUGAGUGGCGUCUUUCUUCAUGGCGUGUGAUAGCGUGAGCUGGCGGAGCGGAGCGGGAACCUUUAGUGUUUAAAAAUGGAUCUUAUUGUGCCUCUGAGUAGAUUUGAGGUCAGGAGAGGAGCAGCUUUAAUUCUUAAAGGCUUCGUUCUCACGCUCCUUCUGUCUGACUUCAGGAUCCUCUGCAGGAACGUUCAGAUUAAUAAAAACUCACAUCUUGAUUUUUAGUGUUUUAACUCUUUUUUUUUAACCUCCUGGAUCCACAGAGUGUCUGGAAUAUUAAAGGAAGAACCAAUCAGGACAUUUCCUCUCUCUAAUGCAUGAUAACACACCGCCCUGUUUGCAGAGAUGCUCCGUUAAAUCUCCUCCACCUGUGGGUUUGGAUGCUCACCUAGGAAUGAGUCGUAUGUUGGUGUUUGUGAUGAGGACGGCUGUGAGGGUGCUCAUCUUGAUUAAUUUAGUCGAUGAUGAUGAUGAUGAAAGGUGGGAGGAGAGGACGCUAGCGUUGUUUGUACGCCGCUUCUCCAUGGAGGAUUCAGACAAUUUUCCGAACUUUCUGGUUGGUUUCUACUGUCCGAUAUUGUAGCACGCUAACUUUGUUUGGGCUCCUGAACGACACGGGGGAGCAGCGUCUGCCUCACAACCAAUCAGGUUAGAGGAGGUGGAGAACGGCUUUGUUUACAGUCAGAAAGAGCGGACUGCUCAAAAAUGUUGAAAUGUUGACGACACAGACAUAAGAGAACACAGAGAUAUCGUUAUAUUACCAAAUGUCAUCAAUAACUAAUAACUAUUGACUGAUAUUAGAAGAUUUUUUGUUUAUACACCACAAAAAAAGAUUCUUCUUAAACAGAUUCCUGCUCCUCCUUUAACUUAUUUUUAUUAUGAUAUAUUUUUUAAGAAAGUAAAAUACAGGCUGACUUCCUGUGUGGACAGAAGAGAUUGAUUCAAUUAGAUUUAACCCAAGUCUCUAAAGUAAAUAGAAAUAAAACCCACAUGCCUCUCUCUCUCUCUCUCUCUCUCUCUCUCCCUCUCUCUCUCUCUCUCUCUCUCUCUCUCUCUCUCUCUCUCUCUCUCUCUCUCUCUCUCUCUCUCUCUCUCUCUCUCUCUCUCUCUCUCCCUCUCUACCCCGUUGACUCAGGGUAGUGAGGUCCGCAGCCUUUAGCGUCUCUCUCCUACAUCUCUUUAUUUAGCGCCGGCUCGACUCUGUUCCCCUCUGCUGCUGAAUAAUAGAUAAGUGACGACCAUGAUGCGAUUGCCGUGUAGGCACUUUGAAAGUGUGUGUCUGCUGCUGUACCUGCUCGCCUCCUCUCCUCCUCUCCUCCUCUCUCUCUCUGUUGGAUGUUUGAACCCCUCCGCCUCCUUCCUCGCCUCUGGACCUCCUCUUCACCUCUCCGGCUCCCUCCCUCUCUCUCUCUCGCUCCUCGCAGUGUGCCGCCCUUAGCUUGGUAACAGCGAGGGCAUUAAACUUUCAUGACUGCUGUCUUUUUCUGGCACGCUCCUCUUCUCUCCUUUCUUUCUCCCUCUCUUUUCUUCUCCUUUUCCUCACCCCCUCUUUCCCCUCGUGUUUACCCAGCAGUGAGGGCUGCUGGAGGAGAGAAUAACGAGGAAGUUUGACUCUUUUCUUUUUGGUUUUUUAACAUCGGGAAACUCGACAGAAUUUCAAGUGACUGUAAAUUUAGGCAAACCGUUUCCCAUCUGUCCCUCACUGUCGUCUUUGUGCAAACUUGAAAGGCUGUUUUUAGCUCCGCGAAGAAGAUGUGAGAACGGCUGUAAACGACGUCUCUGCUUCCUCCUCUCCUGUCUGAGGACGGCCCUUAUUAAACUGCGUUGGUCUUUCUCAUGAUUCCUCCGUGUCAGAUUGGUUGGAUUCUGAGGUUUGAUGUCGUCUAAGUGUUGCUGAAUGAAGCAGCAGAGGAAAAGCCCACAGAGCGAGAGAGAGAGAGAGAGCGAGCGCGUUAAAUAAAGAGCAGAGGGGAGUCAGAUGUGAACCAGCGAGCUUGUUUUGGUGCUGGUGGCUAAAUGAACCAUCAGGAUGGCAAAGCGUUUUAUGUCUCCAUCUGUGCACGCUCCGACUGCAGAAACGUAGGAGAACACAUGACCAAACUUCAAUCUGCUGCUCAUAAAAACAUGGAUAUCCUGAGGUGAAGCAACAGGGCAGCAGCCGCCGCGCUGUAGCUGCGUUUACUGCGAGGACGUUUUAAACCUCAUGAAAGAUAAACGUCUGAACGGAUUUUCUGCUGAUUUUAGAACUGAUACUUAAAACUGAGGAAACUGUAAACUCUCAAUGAAACACUUUAACCUGCAGAAACGAGACCUUCUGUUAAUGAUUUUCUGAAUCCGUCAGCAGUCGUCUGACCGAGCUCUGACUCAUCUGCAGACAGAUCCAGACAAUCAUCCGUCUUUAGGUCGUCUUCUGACUCCAGCUCUGCUCUCACCUCUGUAAACAACAACGCAGCCCACCAGGAUGAGGGUCCUUUAACCCUCCAGUGCUUUAAAAGUUAAUCAUAGCCGCUCCUGUUAGACCAGUGAGGACUGGUUUUACUGGGGCCGCGAUUCUUAAGGUGAGCUUGUAGUUGAAGCUGCUGUAGGUUUGGAGGAGACUAUCGGCUCCUGGGCUGAAGGACGCCCCCUUUUGGCUCCAAGACAAGAAGUGGGAUAUAAAACGGGGACAGAGAUCAAACCGAGACUGACAUAAAAAGAAAGAAAUUAUAGUUUUUAGAUAUUUACAAGAUAGACCGAAAUCUGUAUGGUGUCUUUUUAUGAUAUGAAGAGUUGAGUUUGCCAAAAUAAAAUCCCGAUUUUUUUGUCUCUGGAAAUUCAAUUUUCGAUUUUUUAUUCAGUGUCAACGUCACCAAACUUCACUUCAAGUAUAAAAGUUCUUCUAUCGUCUCUCAAAACAAACAACUGAAAAUGAUGUAGUACAUAUGCUAAGCCAGAAAGUGGCGCUGUACAGGAAAUGCACAAGAGACAGAAAAAGAGUUACUCUGUGUGUCACAUGAUCGUUUCCAGAGAUGCAGAUAGACAUCCACACGGAGAUGAAAUGGUCGUCGUUUACAGAUUUAUUCACUCUCUGACCCGUUUUCAAAAAGUAUCGUUUACAGUCACCUGAAACGCCGAUACGACAAAAAACUUUAGUGUUUCCUCCUGAAUUUGUUUCCGUGGUGAUGGGUUGAUCCCGCCUUCAGACAGACUUUACAGCGGGGAGUGGUUUACUCUUCAUCUGAAACUGUGAAGUCGUACCAAUUCAACACGACUGACUCGCUCUUGUCCGAUUUAGCCCACGGUGGCCUGGAGGGGCGAGACAUGAUAGAGAGGAAAAUCGAUUAGAGGAUUUUAAUUUUUUUAACAUCGUCAUAAUCAAAUAAUCCGAUUAUGAUUAAUAUCGAUCAAUCAUGCAGCCCUAAAGCAGAGCGAACAAAGACCAUCAGCAACAAGAAAGAUGAUUAUUGUGUAAAAAUGUUCAAGUUUAACGGGUUGGUGUUAGAAACAGCCCUGAGUUUACAACUUCAACAUGAAAUAGUCAAAAUAAAUGAAAUAUUUAACCAGCAAGAUGAGAUGUUUUGAUUCUAGACACUUUAGCAUGAAGAGAAAAAGAUAAGCAGAGACUGCUUUGUCCACAGGGGGCGCCAAAACAGACACAAAUCAAAAGUUCCUCACUGAAGCUUCGAGUUUUCUUAUUCAUACACGGGUUUCUUUCUCAUGAGUAACUCGGGCCUCAUUUUGUCCUGUAACAUCUUAAACUCAGACAUGUUUCUGCUCUUGUUGGGUGAAUGUUUCUUACAUUUGGCCUUUUAGACACUUUUCCCCUGAAAUAAGAGAAAAACGAUGUGAGUCUGAUUACGAAGCUGCUGUGUGAUGUUCAGGGACACUUUGAGAGUUCCUGGUAAAUCUCUGAAGCUUCUGUUUAUCCGAGCUGACACGUCAUUGUCUCACAGCCUCCAUGCUGGAGUCAGGAAUAAAAACAGAGCGGAGGAAAACAAAGAAAACACGAAAACACUUAAAUCUUGCAUGAGGAGCGGUCUUUGAAAACGCGCUGAGGUUGAACCCGGGCUAAAUGUGUCGUCAUAGAGAUCCAGUUUUAAAAACGGACACGGGACAGAUGGCGAGCGGCCAGUCUCAGAUUCAUCAGCAUUCAUGAGGAAGCCCACGUCGGUCGCUGUGAAAGUUGCAGCUUAAUCUUCCGGCUCUUCAUCCUGGAGGCGACGUCUUCACGCCGCCGAACGUGGAAGUGGAGCAGACAGGAUGAAAGAGACAGAGACGGAGAGUGGGAGGGAGGAAGAGAGAGGGAGAGAGACCACCUACGAGGCCGCUUGAUGAUGCUCUGUAUCUGUCUUUGUCACUGCUGCUCUGUGUGUGUGUGUGUGUGUGUGUGUGUGUGUGUGUGUGUGUGUGUGUGUGUAAAAUGCAUUAUGUUCAGGGAGGAUGUUGCAGAGUGUAAGGCGGUGCUGCUGCACUCAGAUAAAAUGUGUGUUUUGGAUGCGUCGCUCAGUAGGUGGUGUUUGUGUACACCGGCUCAUAAUUGCUGCCUGUCUUUGUUUAGUGUCUGCGAGUGUGUGUGUGUGUGUGUGUGUGUGUGUGUGUGUGUGUGUGUGUGUGUGUGUGUGGGCGGCGAGUUAAAUGAAUGGAGUAUUAAGUUUAAGCUGAGGUGAGAAGGCGGAAGCUUCUCUUCUUCUGUCAUCCAUCUCUACCCUCUUCUUCACUCACCUCUCUCUCUCUUUUUUAUGAGACAUUGUACUUUCUUCACUCACACACACUCACACACACACACACUCACACACACACACACACACACUUACACUGUAAAGGAACCACAGCUGAUCUGGGCUCAGUCUUUAGCUUGUCUGUCUUUGAACAUCAGCGCCGUUACGUUUGAAGCUUCUCUUUGAAUUACGGCGUUUCUGUUUUUUAAGCUCUCUCAGAUAAAGACUCGGCUAAAGUGGCGCCGUUUGGCUUCAGCCUUUCUCUCGACAUAAAGAAUACAAAACAUAAGCUGUGGUGUACGUACACACAAACAAACGGGUGUUUAUGCUCACAAUAAACUCAAAGAAUAAUUAAGAUUUACCGCAAAGUUUUCAGCCGGAGCAAAAAUAAAAAACUACAUCUUUACAUCCUUUUUUAAAUCGGCGAUAUUUUAAAAACAAAUUUGGGUUUUUGUGUCUUUAUCAUAAUUGGAAAUAGAACGGUGGAUUAGAGCAGGAAACCAGAGGAGACUUUGGCUAAAUCUGCGCCCCAAACCUGAAACAUUUACGUUCAUAUUUCAUAAUUUUUGAGGUUUUAUUGAGUCGAACUUUCCAACUAGUACAAAAAAUUAAGUUUGUGUAAAUGUGGGCUAGGAGCAGGAAUCUGUUUAAGAAGAAUCUUUUUUGUGGUGUAUUUACAAAAAAUCUUCUAAUAUCAGUCAAUAGUUAUUAGUUAUUGAUGACAUUUGGUAAUAUAUCGAUAUCUCUGUGUUCUCUUAUGUCUGUGUCGUCAACAUUUGAACAUUUUUGAGCACAGUAGAAACCAACCAGAAAGUUCGGAAAAUUGUCUGAAUCCUCCUUUGGCCACGACUGCCGACACAAGCAAGAAAACAAAGUAAAUACCGGAGACUCUGGAGGAAUAACGGGCGCUUAAAACGGAGGUAGACCGGACAAGAGCUAAAAAGCCGGGUCAACAUAAACGAUGGGGGACGCUUGGGGAUCUUGGUGACCCUGUAACCUUUCUGCUGGACAGGUAAACCGCUUUAACAAAGUAAGACAAGUGUCUGUAACAGAAGUGUUUCUUGUCAAACGGACCUGCUGUAGCGUGUUGUAGCUCCAUCGCUAAACUGUCCUCCCUCGGGUCCUGGACUAUGUCACUUUAUCCUCGUUGUAGAAGUCCUGCAAACAUUGUGUUUGCUGGUAGUCUGUUGGCAUCUACAGUAGCACCAAUGCUUUUGACUUUCACCUUGACUGGGCCCCAUUUGUAAUGAUCUGAAGUAUUUAUCUGCAUUAUAUCUGAAUUUAAUUGGAACGAUACGAGCGAGCAGGAGCGUCUGUUUGUGGGCGGGGCUUGAAGGGAGGGGAGGAGCUGAGGGGAAAACUGGUUGUGAGGGGUAGAGUUUACAUUCAAGAUUUCUCCUAAAAACUGGAACCAACUCAGAUCCUGACUACACCACACUUAAUUUAAAGUUUCUGAGUGUUGAAAUAAAGGCCUGCCUCUUUUGUCAAACCACUAAAAAGUCACACUUUUUAGACACCAACUCUUAAACCUGAAUUAGUGGAUAAAAUGUUUGUAGAUCAGGGAGAAAAUUUGGCCACUUGGUAAAAUGUGGCGAGGUGGCUGUCUGACAUGAACCUGGUCCUUCCCAAGGUUUUUCCUCGCCACUGUCACUCAUGUCAGGUGAGAUGGGUCAAAUCUGUCCUAUCUUAAAAUUGGGUCUUGGUCAAACAGUGAGCGUGGUCUAGACCUGCUCUUUUUUUCCGACAGCGUCCUGGAAUAACGACUGUUGUCAUUUGGCGCUUUAUAAAUAAAAUUUGAUUGAUUUAAAAGUACAAAUUAAAAAGCAGCUGAAAAAGUUCUUAAUCUUAAUUUAGACGAAAAAGUCUAACCAUCCUGCUGUCCUAAACUACAGAGAGGGUCAGGGACACCGAAAAAAAAGGGUCCAAUAUAAUUUUUUAAGAUAAUUAUUCUGAGAUUCAAGUCGGAAUUCUAAAAUAAAACUUUUUAAUCUCAGAAUUCUGACUUUUUUUCUCUGAAUGAUACAAAUAAAAAUUUUAUCUGACCUUUUUUUCCCCCUAGUGUCCCUAAUCCUCUUCCGUACUGAUCUGAUACCAUCAUUUUCAGAGAAUUCUACUCUUUCUGAUGCAUUUUACAACACACAUAAAACAGGAUUUUACGGCGCAGGAAAAUCAGCUCCAAGUGGCGAUAAAGCGGACUUUUCCUUUAAAUUAUUUUUGAUAUUAGUCCGAAGUUUUGGCCGCAGAUUUCUCUGCACAUGCAUUCAAUCAAUCUGACACACACUGGUAUUAAUUUAAGCAUUUUGGGUUGGCAGGAAAUAUUUGGCCCCUGUUUUAUGCAACUGCACACACACUUAUAUGCAUUCCACACACACACACACACACACACACACACACUGGUACUAAGUUACUUGGCUGCAUGUUUUGGCUACUAGUUUUUGGUAUCUACGCAGACACACACGCACACUUAGGAUUUAACUUUGUUUUGGCAGACUGGAAAUUUCUGCUUUUUUGUUUCUGCAUGUGCACAAACGCACUCAUAAGAGCACGCACACACACACACACACACACACACACACAAUGGGCAGUAAUCCUCCUGUAUAUGCCAGAGCUUUGGGCAGAGCAGGGAUUUUCCUCUUCACAGAGCAGACCACCCAAAACAGCGCCGGAACAAUGGUGGCCGAACUCCGGAAGGUUUCCUGUGGCGAAGUGGGAGUCCUGACACACACACACACACACACACACACACACACACACUUAUAUACAUUUACACGUCAACACACAGAAACAUGUUUGUGCUCAGAAAAAGCUGCAGGAUCAUGUCGGUACCUGCAGACUGUGACUCUUCACACACAUGCAGGCCGCCUCCCGGAGCUCAUGUGAGGCUGCAGGUUUUUAGGGGGGGGCAAUCCUUUGACAAAAGAGCAAAGACACGGGCCGGGGCGGGAUAAAGGGAUGAAGGAGCAGAGGGAAAAGACUGAAGUCCAGCUGUUUCCGCUCCUGAACGUAACCUCGCAGUUUCUCCUCCUCACAUCUUCGCGUCCCUCCCUCCCUCCCUCCUCGCUCGCACACUUGCUGACUCUUUCUCUCCUCCUUUUGUUCUUGCUUCUGUUAAUCUUUUGUUGCUGGGGGAGGAGGGUGUGUGUGGGGGGGGUCCCUCUCUGUGCCGCUGCUGAUUCACUCGCAGAAAAUUAAAACUAUUUGUUGCUCUGAAGCUGAAUUCAAAGACAAAAGAUUGCAGGGCGACAAAGAGCGACCAGCCUGUUGUCAGGGAAUGUCGCCCCAAAUGUUUGGAUGCCCCCUCCUCACGCACACUCACACACACACACACACACACCCUCGUGCACACACUUCCACCCACAUCCUCCUCUUUUCUUCCAUCUUUUGUCACCGUAGCAACACAUUCAUUCUCAUUUCAUCAGAAAUUGUUUUCUCUUUGAUUGAUUUGUUCUUUGUUGACAUGCACAAUGAGCGGCUGUGUGGUUGGAUUCCUUUUAUUUUUGUGUGUUUUUUUUUUUAUUGACAGCAGAAAGCUGCGAGAAGAGAGAUCGCUGUCUCUAAAGAGACGCACAGACCGGCCGCUUCAAUCGCUGCAGCGAGAUUACAUUCACCGUCUGACUUUGAGCUCGCAAAGUGGAGAUGAAGAUACGUGAAGAUGUGAGCGUGACCUUGUAAUGUCAGCUCGGCGUCGACAUGUUAGACUUUCAAAAUAAAAGUGUGAGGUCAAGCUUGUUAAGAUGCUGAAAUGAAAAAGACUCUUUUGCGGAAUAAAACGUCUUAAAUUUACAAAAGUAAUCAGGAAACAUCGUUGAGCGAUCCGACAGAGUUCUGAUUCGGUCUCGUAUUUUAAGUUUUGUUUCAGUAAAAGAUGACGUGUGUUUUCUGAGGUCGACCUUUUUUACUGUGAAACUGGGACUCAGUUCAUGCAGAGAGACUGCAAAAACACACCUUCAGAAUAAAAGCACUGAGUGAAAACAUGACAGAUCAGAUCAGGCUUUUGUUUUGAAAUUCCUUCAGGAAGUGCCUCCAUCGUUGAAUCAUGAAUAUAGCUCAUACAGCGCCGUCGCUUCCUGAUCCGUCCCAGAAACCUGAUUUGUACUGCACAUGUGCGAAACGUAGGUCACUUCCUCUACUCGCCAUCUUUGCGACAGCUCAGCAAUUCGUCACCCCUCGCGGUUUGUGACAGGUUCGACAUUUGUUCAACAGCUUCAGUAUCAGCGAGCUCGCUUCAGUCAGUUUAUCACAAGCUACACACUUUUCUCCUGAACGGAGGUCUUCCCCCGACUGACGCAGAGCGAAAAGUCAAGAAAAUGGCGCCCAGUUUCACGAUUAAAGGUUCCUACUCCAGCUAAACUGUAAAAAUGUAACGUAGUUCUAAAAGGCUUUUAUGAGCGAAUAUUUCACAAAAUUUAAACGCUGACACUGAAAUUCGUUGUCCAUAAUGUGUCGGCUUCUUGUUAAUAAAUUUAAUCUGAAAAGGUGGUGGCGCUCUCUGUGGCACAAAAGGUCUCACUGUGCUGGGCAGGAGCUCCUGUCGGGGAUGUUUGGGACUCACCCGACUUUAUCCGACUGCAGGUCAAAGAUGAAUCUUCUGUGAACGACGAGCUGAUCGUUGGAUUCAAUCAUGAGAAGUGCGGCUUGUUGGUAUUCUCGUCUCGUCUCCGUCUGACUCUUUUUUUCUGGGGGAACUUUUCAUAAAUUUCAUCCAUGAAAUUGGAAUUUAAUUUUGCUAAGUAAGAGCGUGUGUCAGUGUGUGUGUCAGUGUGUGUUUGUGUGUUUUGUUGUCCAGCUGCUGGACUUUUAUACUUUUCUCCUCAUGAUUUAUCCCUCUCGGUUUACAGUUGGCCGUCAAACUUCAUGAGUGAAAAAGUGCUCGCUUUGCAGAAUUUCUGAGGAGACACAGAUCGUGUUUAUUUGUUCAAAAUUUAUGAGCUCCUUGUUAUGCUCCGGCUGUCUGUCCUCCCCUCAGGCUCACGCACAUACAGUACCUUCACUUUGUCCGUUUUGACUCACUUGUUUUUCACGCUCUCACUUGAUGAUCUUCUUCAGAGCGGGAGUCGAUUCUUACACGUCUUUGUUUACCUGCAGACUGAAGUAGAUGCAUGUCAGAUGGGUGCACCAACGUUUACGGCUCAGAGGCCGACGGUUGACCCCACUUUAUUCAUUUUUCAUUUGCAUUUUUGCAUUUUUGCUCCACAUGAACUCUCCAGUUUCUUCACAAUCAGCUUCUUCAAGUCUUCAGAGACCGAGAGUUAAAUAAAUCUGCAGGUAGACGCCGAGUUUCCACGCAGCGUCUUAUUAGGGCUGCAGAGAUAGACGAGGCAUCUUCGAGAUGACGUGUAAAGAGAUGCAAGACUUCGAGGUACAGCGAGCUGCCUGAAAACUGUAUUUCCAGGGAUUUUUCUGUUGUUAUUCGUCAUCAUUCAUCAAAAUUUGAAGGCCUGAACCUGCUUAAAACGUCCAGACUUAGUGACGGGUCACAGAAGAGGAACGGAGGGUUAGUUUCCCAGCUUUUGCACCAAGAAAGAGGAUUUUUGUCCCACAUGUCAGCCGUCCCGAAACUUUAAAAAAGUCUCCAAAGGUCAUGGUGAAAAGUCAACACAGACCUUGACCUUUUCCCGCACGGCGUUCAUCGACUCUGACGUUUCCAGGUAAACUCAUUGGGGCCCUCUGGUGGCAGUAGGAAAUGUCAUGCUGUCACUUUACGAUCUGAAUCUCCGAAAAUCAUCGCACAUAUCUGCGUCAUUUUUAUGUUUUAAAUUUUUGAGAUGUUGAUCUUGAUGUGCGCCAAAAAACGUGAGAUUUCGUCGGAGGGCGCGGUCGGCACAGAGCGGCGAAGUUCAAUGUUGACAUGAAAUCAGCUAGCUAACCGAGGUGACGUAGGAUGGUAUCGUGAGGUGUUCAGGGUCGGGUCGGAAAAAUGAGAAUCAAGACACCAAAUGUUGCAUCUAGAAAAAGGAAAAAACAGGAUUUGGUAAAAAAACAAACAAACAUGUUCUCGUCUUUCCUGAAUCAAAAAUCCUCUCCGCUGUCGGCCUCAGGUCUAGACUCUGAUGAUCCUCUUAGAUAUGAAGUGGUUAAAGCUCUUUAAAUCCUCCAUAUUUAGUCAAACGGUACAUUUUUUGUUGUUCGGGAAUAAACCGGCGUUAAUCGAGGAACAAUGAAGGCGAUUAAAAAAAAAAAACGUCAGAGGAAACGGCAUGAAAGGCGUCUUUUGAUUGCCCGGUGGCGUGUGCGUACAUCUGCCUUUGUGGAGGUGCAGCCCCUCAUUUAUGGAGCUUUUUGGUGUCUGCUUGACAACUAAACACAAGCUCCUUCUGCCAAACAAAUGGGCGCCGUGUCGGGGAGAGAGGGGGCGGACCCGGCCCGAACCGCAGAGACGGGCACUCUGUGACAGCUGCUUUCAUCUCCUUAUUAUUCCUCCUUCACACUCAAGGAUUUUUGGGCUUCCUAAAGUAUUUCUGUCGCUCUCUCCUUCCUCUCCCCCCUGCUCUUCCUCUCGUUCUGUCACCGCGCUGUGAUUGGCUGUUAUGACAGAGCCGUCGCCAGGCUGUCAGCCUCUUCUAAAGCGCGGUUUAAUUACUCCUUUUCACUAACAUGACACGUUCAUGCACAGAUGCAUGCAAACUCGCACACAGGAGGGAAAGUCGCUCGUAUAUAAAAAAAGAAAAAACACAAACGGAUGCUUUCAGCUGCACGCCGCUCUGUAAUAAAAAUGGUGAUUGAACUCUCCGUCAGCUGCUCCACCUGACAAAGCAGACCCCAGAUGUUUGUCAGCGCCGGUUUCCCUGUUUUCUCUGCUGAGCUUUGAAAGCUCGCUGUAGAUUUGUGAAGGGCCGAGCGCCGCCGUGAGAGAUGGGCGCCGAUCGAUGGCGCGGCCCGCUGUGCCAGGCGCUGAAUAGCCAAUUAAAGCCAUUGAGACGGAGGAGAAAAUAGGAGCGAGUGAAGGAGUGAUUAGAGGAGGAUGAUGAAAGAAAAGGAGGGAAAGAUGCAGGAGCGGUUGCAGAUCCUCGUAAAUGUUUAAUAUUCUGCAUGCUAGACUUCAUCCUGCGUCUCUUCCUCCUCCUCAUCCUCAUCAUUCCUGCAGAUAAAGAUUCCCUGACGGAUCGUUGGGCUCCUCCUGCUUCCAUAAACAGGAGACAGCAGAGCACUGGGUUGAGACCCUGACUGAUGGAGGGAAGCUGAGACAGAUGUACAGAUUUGCAGAAAAAUGAGGAGAAACAAUGAGAAAGCUCGGUGGCGUGUGGACGCCAGGCUGUCUGGGAUGGUUUCAUCCAAGUCUCUCGUUCCACUCGCUUUCUUUUCUUCCUCUUGUUUUCUUCUUCUCUGCUCUUUCCCCACAUUUCCUGCCCCUCCAUCCCCUCUGGUCAUAUCCGGAUGUCUUUCUCCACCUUCUUUUCCUCUGAAGACCUUCUUCACGAUCAUCCGAACAGAUCAGCCCCCCCUGUUUUCUCUCUACUGGGGCGUUCACAUUGCAUUGACUUAACAUGUAAUUUAUUUACGUGAGUAAAAUCAUUCGCGCGAAUGAAUUGACUUAACAUGUAAUUCAUUCGCGCGAAUGAAUUGACUUAACAUGUAAUUCAUUCGCGCGAAUGAAUUGACUUAACAUGUAAUUCAUUCGCGCGAAUGAAUUGACUUAACGUAAUUCAUUCGCGCGAAUGAAUUGACUAAACAUGUAAUUCAUUCGCGCGAAUGAAUUGACUUAACAUGUAAUUCAUUCGCACGAAUGAAUUGACUUAACAUGUAAUUCAUUCGCGCGAAUGAAUUGACUUAACAUGUAAUUCAUUCGCGCGAAUGAAUUGACUUAACAUGUAAUUCAUUCGCGCGAAGUCAAUACAAACUCACAUUGACUUAAUGCAAAACCUGUUGCAGACAUUAGACGCUCAUUCUACUCUCGCGGCAUGAAUUGAACGAGUUGAAAAUAUCUUUAGCAGAAAUUUACGUCAGGAUAACCAAUCAGCAUGAAGAUUCCCAGAUGACGUUUAAAAACGGACUGUUCAAAUAUAAACACACAAAUCCUUUGACUCACUGCAGACGGACGGACAGGCGCUCUGCAGCUGGGAUAGAGCGCCUGUUAUCGGUAUCCUGGAGGGUUAUCCUGGCACCGACCCUCACCAACAGGUCGUCAAAUUCAGGUUCGGGUAACCCAAAAAUACGUCUGGAAACGGCCGUCAUCCACGCGCAGCUGUUAGAGGAGUCCCAGACACGGCGACGCCUCCAUCUCCGACGGUUGUAGGCCUUCCACGACAAAAACAACAAUCUCCUAAAUGCGGUUCACUCCUACCAUGCUUGAAGGAGACUCCGCCUCUCUCUCAUAUCCACGAGUUUUUUAAUAAAAACAGGAAUAAAAAGGAUCUCUCCUGGAGGACAGCGAAUCAUGUCAAGACAUGGAUGAAUCUUAACUUCUUAAAAUUAAAUGAAAACAAAACAGAGGUCAUCCUGUUUGGUCGCCCUGACCCGGUUCACGUCCUCUCCAGCUCCCUUGGUUCCGUGACACCUUACAUAGGAUCCCAUUUCAGGAAUCUUGGUUUCAUUAUUGAUGGUGAUUAUAAACUUGACAAACAGGUCGGCGCAGUGGUCAAAAUGAGCUUAUUAUCACAUCACGUUUAGUUAUUGUAGCUCCCUGUACAUCGGCUUUGGCAAGUCAGAACUCAACCGCUCGUCUCCUAACUGGGACUAAAAAAACGGGAGCACAUAACUCCGGGGAUUUCCUCUCUUCACUGGCUCCCUGUUAGGUACAGGAUUGAUUUUAAGAUCCUUUUAUUUGUUUUUAAGUCUCUGAAUGGGCUCAGAAUAUCUGUCUGAACUCAGCCCUCCAGUGGCUCCCACUAUGUGGAACGCCUUACCUCUGACAGUGCGUUAAAACCUUCCUGAAGACGCACCUGUUCACUUUAGCUUUUGGGAAGUAUAGCUGCUUUUAUUGGGUCUUUAUUUAUUUGCUGCGUUUAUCUUUGUUGUUUUAUGUUUUUAUUGUUUCUGUCUUUUUCACUGUAAAGCACUGGUUGUUUUUAAACAUGUUUUAUAAAUAAAGCUGACAUCGACAUUUAAAGUGAGUUCAUGCACAAAUCAUUCGCGCGAAUUAAGCGAGUAGAAGAUUUUACUCGCGCUUGGUGUGAACGCCUCAUAAAGCAUCUGCUGCCACUGCUUUGUGUUUGGAGAUGUGAUAGAAAGAUGGAUGGAGGUCAGAUUUAUCCUCGUAACUGAAGCAGGUGGAUCCAAACGUCUGCAACGGCGAUCCAGAGGAACCCACGCCAUGAUGGCGCUCGGGGACUCCCAGAAAAGACUGUUUUAGUGACUCUAACGGGACAUGAUGGUUCAGAGUUUGACGUUAUCUUCUCCCCCCUGUCCUCUCCUCUCAGGUACCCUGCCCUACGACAUCAAGAUAGUCAUCGCCGGGAACCACGAGCUGACCUUUGACCAGGAGUUUAUGGCGGAUUUGAUCAAGCAGGACUUCUACUACUUCCCCUCGGCCUCCAAACUGAAGCCGGAGAACUACGAGAACGUCCAGUCGCUGCUCACGAACUGCAUCUACCUGCAGGACUCUGAGGUCACCGUGAGGGGCUUCAGGAUCUACGGCUCCCCCUGGUGAGUGACCUCCAGUACUGCACACACUUUGGGUGUUUUGAGUGUUUGGAGCGACGUCACAGGCUGUCAUUGUGUCACGGCGUUGUUGUCGUUGUUGUUCGACAUCCAUAAUUCAGGUUAGAUUUUUAUUUUUAGGAUUCUCCAGAUCGUUUAAAACCAUAUCGUGACCAAGCGUUCCCUCUGUCCUCUUCUGAACCUCAUCCGUGCAACUUUGCGUCAUCAGCAUAAAUCAUUUAUCGACCUCUUUAUUCGGCGUUCACUCGAGCUACUCGCUGUUUUUCCACCUCAAACCCUCAUGGACAGACGGCUCCUUCUCCUGAGCGUGUGUGUGCGCGGCAUCGGUGAGGUGGUGGUCCGCGAUCUCCUGUGUGUGUGUGUGUGUGUGUGCGUGUGUGUGUGUGUGUGUGUGUGUGUGUGUGUGUGUGUGUGUGUGCCCCCGGUGCUGCUGGGUAAUUGGUUUGCUGUGAUAGCAGCGUCCCCCGAGUUUAUUGCUCGGGUCUCUGCAGAGAGCUGCCCGAGGUGGACGGAGAGGAAGAUGAAGACGAGGGAGAGGGAGGGAUGAACGGAGAGCAAAGAAAGGAGUAAAGGGGGGAGAGGAGGAGGAGGAGGAGGAAGAGGAGGAGGAGGUGAAGGAUGGAGAGACAGACAGAGACGACAAAGGGAGGGAGGUAGGGAGGGAGAUUUAGGAGGAGAUGAUUUUAUUCAUGUUCACCGGCUGGCCCUGGCUGGUGUAAUGGGCACAUGAGGUGACGACCGUGUGUGUGUGUGUGUGUGUGUGUGUGUGUGUGUGUGUGUGUGUGUGUGUGUGUGUGUGUGUGUGUGUGUGUGUGUGUGAGCCUCGGGGUGUGUUCCUGCAGCACAGAGGGGCUCCAGCUGGAAGAUCUGUGUCCCCCCGUCUGCACUGUCUGCUCCCCUCUUCCUCUUUUCUGCUCUCCUCUGUCGUCUUCUUCUUUUCUUGCAUUUCCACUCGUUCUUGUCCAUCUCUCACUUCUUCUCGCUUUCUCUCCUUCCUUCUGUCCGGUAGAGGCCUCUUCCCAUCCUCUUUGCACCCACUUCCUCCUUCCUUCCAAGGUUAAUCACUUUCUUUUGCAUUUCCAUGUUUGACGAACCGAGCCCACCUGUGCUGCAGGCCUCUCUUUCUAACCGAAGACAUGUGGUGACGCCAGACUGCUGCUGCUGAACGGCCUUUUGGUUCUGAACAACUUUACCCUGAUAACUGAUCCGCAGUAGAAAUGUGCCGCAUUUUCGCCGUACGCCAAUUCCUACCUGAGUCGUUUGUGAGGCGAAUUUCAUGGUGGAUUACAGACAUCAGGAAUCGAGAGAAACUCACAAGAACCCGCAGAUUCACGUUCAAUCGCACGAUAACGAGUUGUCUCUCCAAAGACAGACACAUAGACAUAUAAGCAGUAGAUUGUGUCCUUCCAGAGGAGGAAAUCUACUUCUAGACUUCUAGAAUCAGCAUCUCCUCAUCCAUGGUGUCAUCGGGGUGAAAUGACGUCUAAAAACCUUUCACUUGUUCGUUGUUUUAUUUUGAAAAGAAGCCGGAUGUUUUAUUUUGUGUCUGUGCCCGACUUCCUUUCCAGCACGGGUUAAUCUGUGCUGAAUUUAUCCGCCAUGCUCCGGCGUCCAGAAAAAAUAGAACUCUUGUGAUCAGCUGAGGAGUCCGGCGAUCCGCAGAGGAACGGAAAGAAGUCGGUGUAAAUUGACACGUUAAUUUGAAUGGUUGCGAUCAGCUACGAUCGGAGGAUACGACCUUUUAGGAGACGAUCAGGAUGAAGGUGGAAAUAAGGGGAACACUCUUUUGGAGAGGACAACUGGACUUACUUGAGACGUUUCGCCGUUUCGCCCAAUGAAGAACCGGCUGGUGUAAAUCGACACGUUAACUUGAAUCGUUACAAUCGGAGGAUACGGGGCUUUUAGUAGCUUUUCAGAUGCGGUGGAAAUCUGGGGUAAGUCUCACAAUCACCUGCUCAUUCGUUUACUCAGCGUCUUUUAAACAUUGAUUUAUCCGUGGAGGCCGACGCUCAGAGGUCAGGAUGGUCGCUGUCGUUCCCCAUGACCCUGUUUCCGUCAUCCACCUGCUGCUCCCUCUCUCUCCUGAGACUUUGCAGAGGUUAUAUCCACUUGAUAUAAAUUUUUUCACUGUUUCUGUUUCAUCUUUCCUUUUUUUUUUCUUAAUUUCCGUCUCUUGCCGCCGCUGAAGCUCCUCUUUCACGCCUCUUCCCCCCCCCUCCUCACCUGUACCGGUUCGGCUCUACGGGUCAUUACCUCGCUCCAUCUGCAGUCCGUCACCGCGUCUCUUUUCCUCUCUGUUUCUGACACAGAGGGUUUCUCAGCGGGCUCCACUCUCCCACACAGAUACUUCGCAUGUCUCCGUCCUUAAAUUAGACCCCGCUCCCUCUCUGAAUUCCUCCUCGUGUGAUUUGGGCAGAGCGGGGAGAUGGCGUGGAAAGCGUGGCCUCGCUCCCUCCUCUUGAUGCUGAUGUGAGUCUACAUGUGGUUUGUCUCAGUCGUAUGGCGGAGCCGCCCUCUGUCUGAGGGGAGAGGAGAACUUUGAGUCUGCGAGGGAGGAGCGGAGGGUUAGAGGAGGAGGGUAAAUGUGUGCGUGUGCGUGAGGAGUAUGGCUGCAGUCAGAGGGAAUGUGGCUCAACGGGCACAAAGAGAGUCGACGGAGUUUGACUUUAUUCUCCAUAUUUUAUAACGAAGAUGAAACCCAGCCUGACUGCUCCUCCUCUUCAUCCUCCGACUGGUUGAAGAAGCAGUUUGGAUUUGGACACAAGAGAGUAAAUCGACCAAAGUUUAACUUCAGUCACCGAUGAUUAUUUCACUGGGCUUUGGUCUGUUUUUAAUGAUUGAUUAGUAGUUUUUAAUUGAUUUAUUGUCGCUAUUAGAAACAACAAUAAUGAGAUUCGAGCGUUAUGAGAAAACUGUUUCAUCACUCUUUCAAAAGUAGAAAAAAAUCUCCAAAAACACAUAAACAGAAACAACAUGCGACUACACACAUGACAACAGAAAGGACACCGGCCACAAGGGGGCGCUCAGUGUAACAGUUUUAUUCCUCACUUAAAAAAACAGACUGGCUUUAUGUAACUGCAAGAAACGAAGGGUCAUAAUUUUUUCAUCCAGCCAAUAAACAGAUGCCAAAAUCUGCAGUUCUCAAAGUGUCCACUAGAGACUGUUUCCCAAAGUGAGUCAGCCGCCAUAGACGAUGCUGGUAAGACUGGUCAUUCUCUGAGUGGGAGCAAAUUCACCAGUCUGAGUGGGGUGACCAUAAUCUGAGUCCCUAAAGAGGACACUAAAGUGGACACACGCAAAAUUCUAAAAGUCUAAAAAUGGAGGUCUGAUAGAUGACGAGAACAUUCACACUCAACAGAAACUACAUCUUAAAAAUGUUUUUUCAGUUCAUGUGUAAAAUGAUACGGAAGCAUAUCACAUUCACAAGAAAAAAAAAACUCUGUUUUUCAGAGUAUUUUUUUCUGUUCUGUUCUCCAGACAAAAUUUUUUUUAGUUUUUCAGACAUAUUUUUUUGUUUUUCUGAUUUUUUUUUUUUCUUUUCUGUUUUUCGUAAUAAACUGUUGUUUAAAACUAAAGACGCAGCAUCUAUGAUUUCCAGUUCUUCAUUGAAAGGACAACUGAGACGUUUCUCAUAAAAUUUUGAGGGUUUUUUCACGAGCAGAAGCGGAAGUUGUUUGCGAUUACAAAGUAAAAUAUCCGGUUAUUUUCAAAAUAAAAUAAAGUCAAUAUGUUGAACUGUUCUUAGCUUGAUAAUAGGAGAGGUCAGGGUUGUGGGAUGUGGGUGUUAAUUUACUCCGAUCGGCGGAUCUUAUUCUAUGACCCCCGGGGAAACACGCGAGAGCUCGGAAUAUCGGAAAUCUCGAAAGCGCUUCUCCUGCGAUGGCGGCGGCACUGUUAAUGAAGUCUGUAGACAUGUCGGUAAAAGAGGACGUAUGGUCACCCAAAGUCUGAGGUUUGCAAGAAUAAUUUUCUCCUGAUGGACAAAAUCCGUUCAAGUCGUUGAUUUUACAAAGUUUUUCGAAUUAACAUCAAACUUCAAUUUAGUAAAACACUUUAAAAACACGGUAAGUGAAUGAUUGAGAGAUUGACAUGGAAACACCAAGCUCUGUCGAUACUGAAGUCACGCCCAUAAACUCAUUUUAACCGUUUUCAUAGACGUGGAGUUCAAAUAUAAAUGCGACCUUUCGUUCAGUUGUCUAUGUUAGAUCUAGAUUCCCCCUCUGUCAGGCGUCGUCAGGGUUCAGACUCACCUGUUGUGUCUGAUGUAAAAAGCUUGUAGGAGAAAAUAAACGUACUGUCCGCGCUCUUACCUCCACUCGACUUGGAAAGCAUUAAUUAAGCGCGGGGCGUGAAGAAUCUUUGAUUUAUUUGCCAAAAAAAACACAAUCCUGCAAGUUUGACUCGUUUCCAAAAAUAACAAUAAACAACAGAAGCUAUAAGCAACACAUGAGAAAUGCUCUCCUGCUAUAUUUAGGAGACCAUUUUUAUAGGAUGUCAACCUCCUCCACCGAAGAAGACGAUGUCGUCUGUGCGCUCGCUCGCUCGCUCGCUGAGGUUUAAAUCGUCUUUCCUCUCAGGAUAAUAGAUAAUGAUGCCAGCUCUUUGUUCUCAGCGUGUUCCUCUUUGUUUCUCUUUGCUAAAACACGCUCCUCUGCAGAUUUACUGCACUCGUUUCAUAGAAGGAGUUUGAUGGACGUUUGUGUCGCACCAAAAUAAAACCAGAUGAUCUGAUUCCAGCAUUAAUGAACCCGUUUUUAAGCACAGAUUUAAACGGUAUUAUUUGUCCUCCGUUUGUUAAUUAAAACUGAUCUCCUGCACCAUUACUGGACCAAAUGUUGCUUUAAAAAAUGAACUUUUGAAAUGGGAGAUUCAGACAGAAAGUACAUAAUAGUUCCACCAGCUGGUAUCACAGAUCUUGGACGCUCCGUAUCUCAGAACGACUCUCUACUCAUAAUUUAGCGACGAAGAUGCUCGGCAGCAGAAACCAAUCUGGCAACCCCGGCAGAUUACAUCUGAGUCAUUAUUAAUAAUGAGCUGCACGGCCCGGACGCACAGCUUUGCACAUUUACGGAUCGACUCAUCUACGGGUACAAACACGGCCAUGAGUAUGCGCUUCUCGCUCUGUGCAAUUUUUUAUCAGCAGCCAAUUAAGAGGAAAGUCAUGUCUGAUGGACGAGGAGUGAACGACUACCUCGGUAACAAAAGCUCCUGUCAGUGUCGCUCUUCGUCCAAUAAAACUCUGAAUGAAAGAAAGACGGCGAAUAAAGACGACGUCUCAAGGUCCAGUCCUGUAAGGAGGUCUUAGAGACGACGAGAACAUUCACAGUAGAUCCUCAAGAUGGUUUUCAAAACAAACAUCUUUUCAGAGUUUUUUUUUUUCCUUCUGUUUUUCAGACUUAUUAUUUUUUUAUUUUCUCCGGGAUCAUGAUCAUUUAAAAAAAAAGACGUUUUCAUCCUCCUCCACUCGAUCUAUUGGAAGCAAACAUGGUCCGCUUGUUUAGUUUGAUCAAGUUUGACUUUCUUUUGGGUUUGAGACACUCAGAGAUCCUCCUUUCUUUAAGUCAGACAGAUGGACUCGUCAGAAGUUUGUCUACUUUGCGCAGACACCUCAGGAUUUUCAUACCCUCUUUUUAACUGAUAACAUGUUUUACUCUCAUUGACCCCCGUAGUCAAAGUUCUGUAGGAGCUGGAGAAUCCGCUGAUUUGGAGCAGCCGCGGUGGUUAAUUUUAUCUGAUAGUAUGAGAUUCUCGCAGGAUUUUUAAGUUUCUCAUUUAGUCAGGAAAAAAAACUAGUACGAAAAACAGAAAGAAGCAAAAACUAGUACAAAAAAACAGAAAGGAGAAAAAAGUUAUAGAAAAAAAGAAAGAAAAAAAAAUUGGAAGAAAAAGAGAAGGACGCAAAAAAAGUACAAAAAAAGGGAAGAAAAAAAUAAUAUGGAAAAACAGAAGGACGCAAAAAAUAGUAUGAAAAAAAAUAAUACAAAAAACAGAAAGACAAAAAAUAUAGUACAAAAAACAGAAAAAGAAAAAAAUAGUAUGGAAGACAAAAAAUAUAAUAAACAGAAAGAAGAAAAAAAUAGUACAAAAAACAGAAAAAAAUUGUAUGAAAAACAGAGAGAAAAAAAUACGAAGAACUGAAAGACGAAAAAAGGAAAAAGAAUUACGAAAAAAGAAUGAAGAAAAAAAUAUGAAAAACUGAAAGACAAAAAAAGGAAAAAAAAUUACGAAAAAAGAAUGAAGAAAAAAAUAUGAAAAACAGAAUGACGAAAAAAAGGAAGAAAAAAUAGUACGAAAAACAGAAUUAAAAUUUACAGCAUCUAUGAUUUCUAAAUCUUUGUUGAAACGAAGGCGAAACGUCUCAAGUAAGUCCAGUUGUUCUUUCCAUGCGGUGAUUCCGACUCCAGAGUCCUGUUUCUUCUUAAUACCCUGAAGAUCCACUCAUCACUUUAUUCUGAAACCUUUGAACUGUCAGCUCACACAGUCUCUCACAGAGUGUUGAACCUCUUCCCAUUUUAGUCCUUCAAAAUAAAAGCUUUACUUCUCUUAUAAAAAUAUUUCGUAAACAGUUCGGAUCGUCUUUACGACAAAGUUUUGGCAGGACUUCGUAAGAAACAAAGACUGAAUCUGCGGCGAGUUUCCGUCACGUGGAUUGUUGAGGUUUUCUGAAAGUUUCUAAAAUCUGUCGAGUCUCGGAUCCUCGCUCUGUUUUCCACCGUCGGUCUUAUUUUGGGAAAAGUCGUAACAGCCUAAUUUUAGUCGGUUUUCCAGACGAGUUAAAAACCUUGACAGAGAGGAUUUGGCUGCAGGGUUUUUAACAGAUGCUUGGAAUAAUUGAAUUUUAGGGGGCAGACCUAAUAACUUAGAAACUAAUAGGGUUCGAGACUUCAUUAUGAAUCUCAGGAGGAUGUUUUUAGGGUCAUGAUUUCGGUAAAAACUCAACGGUUUAUCGCGGCGAAGCGAGGGAGCAGAUGAGGAGAGCGUGUCGGUGUUGACGGGUUGAAUCUCUCUAAAUGUUGAUAAUGACGGCCUCUGAAUGUUCGACAGGCAGACGGCGUGUUCGCACGCGCACGCACAGAACGGAGGAUGAGACAAAGUCGUCUGUUUGUUGACGGGGGAUUUGUGGGGAGCGACGGAGGAGGAAAAAUCGAGCGACCCUUUUUUCUUCUUUAAAUGAAAACGGCAGAAAUGUAUCGCUCCCCGCUGCUCCGCGCGGAAUAAUUAAGGACGGAGAUGCAAAAGACUCCUUAAUUAGAUUUUUUAAUUAUUGAGGAUUCACUUCUCCUUCUAUAGUGGCCCAAUUAAGAAAGCUCAUCAAAAACUAAAGAGAUGAAGAGAGGCCUCCUCCUCCUCCUCCCCUCCUCCAUCUCCUCUUCCUCCAUCUCCUCUUCCUCUCAUUUGACAGAAAUGGACUACCUGCUCUCCGUUUGAUGGCUUGUCCUCGCUGAUGAGCGGGAAAUGGAAAGGACUCUCGCCGACUUUAAUUAACUUGCUUGUUUUCACGGCCGCGCUGAAAGUAAAGCGGAGAAGAAGAGGAGACGGUAAAAUGCGGCGGUGGCGUUAAAGCUUUGCUUUAACGAUAAUGAGUCUAAUGAUGGCGGAGAUGGCACCGAGGUAAUUUGACCUUCUUCUCUUCUGGCGGCGGUUUGAGUUCGCUUUGUUCUCCUCCUGAUGAGGAAACAUUUCAGAGAAGUUUGAGCGGCGGAGGAGGACGAAGAAUGAAAGAGAGACAAAUCCAACUUAGUCCAGCGCUCCUCCACCUGAAAGGCCGACCGUUAGGAAGAGUGAUCAGACCGAUCUCCAGAAGAUCAGCUGAUCCAUCAGAGCGAACGUCUGCGGCCUUCAGAGAGAACGUGUCUGCAGACGAAGACGAUGGUGGAGGAACCCGAGAGGAUCUCUGAGGACAAAGUCAAGAACCGGAGAGAGAGAGGAGGGCAAGAGGAGAGGUGAGAGGAAAGAAGAGAAGAGGAAAGAGGGGGAGGAGAGGAGGAGGAGAGGAUCUCUGAGGAAAAAGUCAAGAACGUAAAAAAACUGAAAAAAAGAGGAGGAGAGAGGAGAGGGGAGAGGAGGAGAGAAAAGGAGAGCAGAGGAACCUGAGAUGAUCUCUGAGGACAAGUCAAGAACAUAAAAAAAACAGAAAAAUGGAGGAUGAGAGGAGGAGAGAAAAGGAGAGGAGAGAAGAGGAGGUGAGAAGAGGAGGAGUGAGAGGAUCUCUAGAGGACAAAGUCAAGAACCGGAGAGACGGAGAGACAAAAAAGACAUGGAGGAGGAAAAAAAGAGAGGAGAGGAGGGCAAGAGGAGGUGAGAGGAGAGGGGGAGGAAGAGGAGGAGAGAAGAGGAGGAGGAGGAGAAAAGAGAGAAGGAGAGAGGGGAGUGGAGGAGGAGAAGGAGGAGGGGGAGAGAAGAGGAGGAUGAGAGGAUCUCUGAGGACAAGUCAAGAACGUGAAAAAACAAAAAGACAGGGAGGUGGAAAUAAAGAGAGGAGGGCAAGAGGAGGUGAGAGGAGAGGAGGAGAAAAAAAGAGAGGUGAGGAGACAAAAGAGGAGGAGGAGAGGGGAGGAGGAGGAGGUGAGAGGAGAGGAAAGAGGAGGAGAGGAAAGCGGAGAAGGAGAGGUGAGAGGAGAGGAAAGAGGACAAGAGGAGGGGGGAGGAGGAAAAAAGAGAGGAGAGCAAGAGGAGGUGAGAGGAGGGGGAGAGGACAGUGGAGGAGGAGGAGAGGGGAGAGGAGGAAGGGAGGAGAGAAGAGAGGAGGAGGAUAGAGGAGAGGAAAGAAGAGAGUAGUGGGAAGAAGGGAGAAGAGAGGAGGAGAGAAGGAGAGAGGAGCAGGGAGAGGAGGAAGUGUGUGUGUUCUUGUGUGUCUGAAAAGCAAAGGGACGGAAUAAACACACCGUUCUCCCUCUCUCCCUCUCUCUCUCUGUCUCUCUCUCUCUCUCUCUCUUAUAGGCCAAACUAUUUUUUGUUUUUUUUCAGUCGUGUCACUGAUUUAAAAUCAUCAAUAAGUAUUUUAAACAAUCAUCAAUAUCAGUUACAAUAAUCUUGAUUGUGAUUUUUCCAAUAAUCCAGCCGCUCUGUGUUUGAGUUGACGGACAUUCAUGAUGAUUUAACACUCUGAACGUCGAACUUAUACAACCUCAUAUAAAAAUAUCCCUUUAAAUUCAGACUUUAACGUCCCUUUAAAACGAUCAUUUAAAACAGUGGGAUCAAUGCUGUGGUAACAGGAGACGAACGUGAAUGAUCUGAUGGCGUUUGUACGAGUCGGAGGAAUUAAUUGGUGAAUGAGAUAAAUAUGGAGCAGGAGGAGGAGGAGGAGGAAGAGGAGGAAGAGGAGCGGCGGUGACGGAGACCUCUUCAAAAGUUGUUUAUUUCUCAAGUCUGUCUAAAUGAAGUGAAACCGAUGUCUGCCUGGAAGGGAGAAAAUCAAUCUAAAAACAUGGACUAAUGUAAUGUAUGCACGGUUUGUAGUCAAUGGGCUAUAUCGUGCAGCUCCACCGCUGUGCCGCUUUAAAGACGACGUAUAAAAAAGACCAAGAGGAGGAGGAGGAGGAGGAGGAGGAGGAGACGCACAGCUGGGAGUUGGUGCUUUUCUGGGCCUCCUCACCAGAGCCCUCACUAAAUUAACAUCCCAGUCACUCUGAGACUCUCCAACCUCCCCCCCUGGGCCCUGUCCUCCCCUCUCCUCGCUCCUCCGUCUCCCACCUCCAUCCUCGUAGCCCCUACAGUCCCACAGGAGCCAAAUAAAGUAGCCUACGAACACUGAGCAUUAAUAAACGGGUACCGAAGGGGGGCUGGGAGAGGAAAUAAGGAGGGAAAAAAAUGUCCUACUUUAACACUUGUCACUUUCCCACCCUCUCACACUCCCACCCCUCCUCUUCCUCCUCUUUUUUUUUUUUUUCCCUCUUCCUUCUUCUCUCCAAUUUCAGUAAGUGCUGCCAGUCUGCAGGCCUGUCGCUGAAUAAACAGUUAUGGAGGGAGGAAGAGCAGACGAGAGGACAUUUACUGUGUCGUUUCCCUGGGGGGAUUUCUCUUUAAAUUACCUGUUAAAUGGCCUCCAGGGGCAGGACUCCAACACGCGUCGGUGUGUGUGUGUGUGUGUGUCAGCGUGUGUGCCUGCUUGUGUGUUACGGCACGCUACGGGGCAUUUUCCUCCAUUUCACACAUGCCUUCCCUCCCCAAGGCAUGUGGCAUUGUGAGGAAAAAAAAAACGAAUUAAAGCGAUUCUGUCCUUAUGCUCCUCCUCGGUCUUCCUCUGCCGCUCCCCACUUUCUUCCUCUUCCUCCCUCUUUCCGUCUCGCCAGUUCAUCAGCAAGCGGUUAUGUUCGGUGUUUGACCGCGGAGUCGAGGGAGUCAGGACGCCGUGGCCCGCUGUAAAAAGUGUCCACAUGGGAAGCGGUAUCGCCCCCUGUUUUUUUUUUUUUCCAGCAGAUGAGAUGAUUCCUCCUCCGAACGCAGAUUCAUUUACCGCAGCAAUUUAUCCCGAACAAGAGAGAGAAAGCAGAUUAACUGGGAUUGAUCCACUUGCAUUAAAAUGAGGAGAAUAAACAGAAAUAAACGACUGUUUUUACCUCAUUUCGCAGUCUGAUGUGAGAAACGUCUCAUUCUUAUUCCAGGCGUAAUUCACUCUGUUUUUUUUAUCCUCAUCAUUUUACAUUUAAUUUGGAUUUAAGCCGCACAUUUAGUCCAAGAGAAUACCUUUGAGCCACAUUAUGUUAACUCGUAUUUUCUAUAAACACAAGAUGAAAAAUAGAAACUGUGCAACUAAAAAACAGGGACGUCAGACUGUGAAGUGUCUCAUCCAGCCCAGUCCGAUCACUUUAAGAUGGUAUUCAGGAUUCCUGCAGAGCCCAGAUUAAAGAGUUUAAAGAGUUUAAAGAGUUGAUCCUAAAAUUUUAAGAUUAAAUUAAAAUCAUCUGAUUCUGUUUGUUCACAUGUUACUAAAACUGGACUUUUAAAAUGCACCUAAACACGAGUCUGACUGAAAUCACGCUAAAGUCGGACUAACCUGCACAGAUCUUUACUCAGUCAGACCCAAACUGGACCAAGUGUUCUGCACACGCUCUGUAGUUUGCACACUGACCUUUGACCCGAAGGUUAACUGGCGUAAAUGUGUCGUACCUACGACCGCACGAUAAAUCGUUUUUUAAUCAUAAUCAGAUUAUUUGAUCAUGAUGAUGUUAAAAAACUUUAAAUCAUCAAAUCGAUUUUCCUCUUUUUCAUGUCUCACACCUCCAGGCCACCGUAGGCUCCUCCUUCCCAGUUGUUUACCAGUGUAAACAAACAUGGCGUUUGCAAAAGAAGGCGAUAAUUUCGUGGUUAAAUAGGACAAGAGCGAGUCAGUCGUGUUGAAUUGGUACGACUUCACAGUUUCAGAUGAAGAGUAAACCACUCCCCGCUGUAAAGUCUGUCUGAAGGCGGGAUCAACCCGUCACCACGGAAACUAAUUCAGAAGUAAACACUAAAGUUUUUUGUCGUAUCGGCGUUUCAGGUGACUGUAAACGGUACUUUUUGAAAACGGGUCAGAGAGUGAAUAAAUCUGUAAACGACGACCAUUUCAUCUCCGUGUGGAUGUCUAUCAGCGUUACAGCGCCACUUACUGGCUCGGCAUAUGUACUACAUCGUUUUCAGUGGUUUUGUUUUGAGAGAUGAUAGAAAAACUUUUUAUUAAAGUGAAGUUUGGUGAAGUUGUAACUGAAUAAAAAAUCAAAAACCAAAAUCGAGGAUUUAGAGAAAAAAAAUCUGGAUUUUGUUUUUGGCCAAAAUCGCGCCGCCUUAGUCGUUCCUCCGCAGAAGAAGAGAAACAUAUUUGUCAAAUUGUCCGAAGACCUUUACGGUUGAUCUCUCCGAUGUUUGCCUCUCGCUGGUGCGUUUCUCGAUUGUUUCGGUUUAUAAUGUAAUGACCAAUCAGGAGAUGGCAGCACAUGUCGUCUCCUCGUCCGUUUUAGUAAAUCAUCGGCUGUGUCCGAAACGAAUCACUCCGUUCCUAACCUCCAUAUGGGGUUUCACUUUAUAGCUGACGAUGUAGUGAACUCAAUCACCCAAAGUUUUGGAAACUACAUGGCAAGACAGGGAUGCCCGCCACCGGCAAGUGACCAUCAGAUGGUCACUACAUUUUGCAAUGCUCUAUGGGAAAUUUUGAGUCGGCUACAUGGGGCACUGGAACUGAUCUUUCUGGUUUCGUACACCCCUCAAAAUGGCGCUAACCCCCAUGUAGUCGCCUAUAUAGAGGUUCAGGAUCCAUUUUGGACACAGACAGUGUAAGAGAGAGCCGUGGACUCCACUCACACCUGGUUCAGCGGACGGCCCUCAGUCCAUCAGGUACUAACUUUGGCCUUUAAAACUCUUGUUUGGAGCUCGGCGCUGGUUCCUCCUGGGAUAACUACGAACCGGAUCAUUGAAUCUGUUGACUAUGAAACAGGAUAGAAGAGAUUUACUCGAGUAUCCUGAUCAAACCCGCUCCUUCUACUUCCAUUAAAUCAAAUUCACUCUCUCACAGUCCUUAAAUGCGAUCUCCUUCUCUGAUCCUACCUUAUCUCGGCCUCGAGGCAGAUCCAGCCCCCCUCAAGGCUCCUGUUUCUGGUCUUCGGAGGCUCCUGAUUCUGGUAGGACGUGUGUGUUCGUCACUCUCGAUGGAUUCCUCCCCGUUGGUCGGUGAACAUCAGUGCUUUAGUAUUUCUGCUGGAAACGUCUCAGAAGAACGCUGGGUUUCUCCCAGUGAAUCACACGUCCCGGCCAAAGUGGUUUUUGGUUGGAUGUUUUUAAAUCUCUGGUUGAAAUCUGUGCUUUUUCUCAAGAACUGAUUUGCAUUUGAAACCCGCGCCCAAAUGGCAUGAAAUGGAGUCGUUUCAUUCUGGCGUAAUAAGACUUGUAAUAACUCGUUAAGGUGCGUUUCUUCCUCCUCCUGAAAAGGAUGUUUCAGGAUGGUUUUUUUUUGCAGCGUGCCGAGACCGCAGGGUUCAUCUUUUCCUCGAGGGCUCAUCAACCACAGCGUGUCCCCUUCUGCUGCGCUGGCACCGGGAUCAUGUUCCUACCGUUUGCCCCCCCCACCCCGCGCCGGAUGCAGGAGAGAGAGAGAGAGAGAGAGAGAGAGAGGGAGCUCCCCCUAAACCCUCUCACACCUCCUGAACACGCCAGCCGCUCUGGAUGAUCUGGCUAAUCUCCACGAUUUACACGCCGAAACACAGAAGACCAGAGGAGACACGAGAGGAGGAGUCCCUCUUUUCUUUUUUUCCUCUUAUUGUCUUUCUUCUCCUCUCCCUCUCCUCCGCCCCUCGCUUCCUCCUCUCCACCGAGAAGAACUUUGAAAUAAUUUGCGUCUCGUGGGUUUUUUUUUUUACACAUUCUAAUUUCCAACUAAAUGGGACAUCUGUUUGAGAAAGGGAAGAUUUGCCACGGUUGCCAAGGCAACUAUCGCUCUGAAAGAAAAAGAGGGAAGGGGGGGCAGGAUGCGGAGAAAAGAGGGAAAAAAAGAAGUCCAACAGCUUUUAUGGACAGAAUUAGACUUUGGUGGAAUAUUAUCCCUGCAAGACAAACAGCAGCAGCAGGCCCGUGCGCUCUUCCUCCUCCUCUUCCUCCUCCUCCUCCUCCUCAUGUUUUCCUUCCUCUCAUCCUCUUCAUCAUCCCACUUUACCCCCAUCCCUCCAUCUUCUGUCUCUAUUCCCCCUCCUCUCACACUUCCUCCUCUCCUUCCCCCUCGUCCUUCUUGCUGCAGCAUCAUCAGAAAUAUCAGUGUGAAAUCUGCCUCCAAUUAGAGGCCUAAACCCCCGUGUCCCACCCCCACUCACGACAGCUCCUCCGCCGUCUGAAAACGUCUCAUCCGCCUGAGCUGAAGCCCACCUCACACUUCCUGGUAAUUGGUCAUUAUCUAGAACAGGAAGGGACAAAUGUGCUUCCCCCAGCGCUUCUAAAUGCGAGUUAAACGGCUCGUCAUUACGCCCGCACUAACGGGAAGGAGAGGCGGCGGUUGUGGGUGUCGGGGGGUCUUGGCUGUCGUGUAAAAGAGCCACAUGCAGCUGUCCAGACAUGACGGGACGAGGUGUGGGAGGAUUUCUCCUCGUCUCCCUUCAGGUGACGGAUCGUGAAGGUUUGUUUGAAGGCACGGAGUCGCAGAGUUGGGAAACAGGUGAAGCAGCGAGAUCUGGAGGAGGAGGAGGAGGAACAACGCUCUCUGUUAGCAGCGCCAAUAAUGUCUGACUUUAGAGGAAUAUCAGCAGCUCAAGAAUACACUCUUAUUUGUGAGCGUCUCUUCCGAUCUCUUCGCCGAUGUUUGACGGAUAGUAAAACUGUGGAAGCUUUGAAAAGUGGAGAAGCAGCUUCUGUAAAACAUGCACAACAGAAAAUACACAUAGUAGUCUGCAUGGUUUAAAAACUUCACCAAACAAUCACUGCAAAUAAAUCAGGAAGUUUCCUGCUAGCAGACAUAACCCCGUCCUAAGAAAAGACUGUACGUCUGUGUGUCCUGCAAGCCGUGAACAGACAAAAACAAGACAAAAAAUGGUCAUUGUCGUUGUUUUGGCUCUUAUGAGACUUUAAAGAAAAAGACAUUUUUGUAACGGGUGGUUUGUGUCGGACUGCUACAAUCGCUCACUUUUGUCGUGUUUUUUUUUCAAUCUGGCGCUUUAAAGACGUGAUUUGCGGUUGGAGAUAUUGGUAAUUAUUAUGAACCUCGUUUCUAUAGCAAUCAUGGUCCUAAUAGUGCGAUCUCCACAAAGUGAAGAGAAAAAAGAUCGGAAAAAAUCUGUUCAUCCUAUCAGGUGUAGGGCUGCAAAAACAUCGACCAAUGGGAGCCAUCCAUCCGGGAUGCGAUAUUUUUUUUUUUGUAGGAUGGUAGAAGAAAGUCCCGCCUCCUUCGCCUCUGAUUGGCUAGAAAAAAAUGGAAACGUCAUCACACGCUCAAGCCAAACGUUGGCUGUCGGCUCUGAACAUCGGACAGAACAUUAUUGCAAUUCUGAAUCUCCGAACCCGACAGACGACGACGUUUCAUUAGGAAUAAGCAAUUGGAGCCCAGCGCUUCUAGCCAAUCAGAGGCGAAGGAGGGCGGGACCUUCCCCAACGAUUCUACAAAAAAAAAUUUGCAUCCUGGACAGCUCCUAUUGGUCAGUCUCCUGCUCCGCCUCUCCAUCCAAUCACCUCGCUGUAUUCGACACACCCCUCUCCCGUAGUUCCAACUCGUCCCCUCCCACUCUCCCGGCCCUCCUCGGAGCUCUGAGCGGCUAAAAGUAGCGUAGCAGCUUAGCUUCAGGAGCUGACGACUUCUGCUCGCCACACCGCCAAAAGUGGGAAAAAACGCAAGAAGACAGACGAAAGGGCGGAGUCAAAGAGGAAAUGUGACCAAGCGAGGAAUCUAACGUGAACAAACAUCAGGUCAUCCUUGGAGCGGUGGAGAAAACAGACGCAGAGACAGCAGAGUUUUAGUUGAACGGGUCAUUUUUGUACUUUUUGUCGUGUUUCUUUAAUCUUGUGCUUUAAGUUUUCGUCUCGACAUAAACCUCAGAGGAUUUUCAGAACAGGAGAGCUGACUUUGGUCAAUCCAGCAAACCAGUUUGUGGUGGUUUUGGCGCUGUGGGCAGGUUCCAGGUCCUGCUGGAGAAGGAAAUCUACUCAAUAAUACUCAAAAGACCGACAGCAGCAGAUGACGUGGCGCCUCAAUCAGCACCGUGGAUUCUGGACCUUCUUGAUCUUGAUUUCUAAAUUCGAUGCUCGGCUAACUUUGAUCUGAAAACUGGACUUUAAACCUCUGAGUCCAAAUGUCUCUGAUUCAGGAGGGUCUAGAGGAACACUUGUAGUCCACUUCCUGGACUCUUGAUGCUCCGGCUCCAGACUCAGUCCAGUUCUCGGUCACCUUUUCCUCCCUCACUCUGACCCAAAGAUGUUUUAUGUUUGUUGAAAUUCAGCGUGACUCUAAUGAACACGAGUACGCCUGAAACCUUGAAGCGGAUUAAACUUUGUUUGUUUUGGAGGUUCAGACAAACGGCGGUGAGCUCAGAGAUCCGCAGACGAACAAACGGUUUCGUUGUUUCAUUAAAGUGCUGUUUGGUUUCUUCAGGAGGUCGUCUGAAGCGGGACAGCGUCUGUAUUUGUCAAAGGUGUUCCCGCAGUAGCAGCUCUAACCCGUUCUUCGGCGUGGGUUCAGUCCAAAUUAAAGAAACGCCCCGCCUCGGUUUUGGCGCCCCUGAGCCCGGCACGCCGCUCCAGUCAGACCUCCUGUGUCGCCUGUGCGGCUCUAAGCUUCUGUAAAUGACGCCACACCUGCAUGUUUGCACACACUCCCACAAACACGCUGCAGCCUCCACCUGCUGUACCCGGGGAGGCUAACGCGGCGCCGAAACCAUGUGCUCUGAAGCAGCCCGUCCUCCUCCUCUGCACAUCCAGCUCUCGCGGCGAGCGUCCGCAGAGACCCCGCGCUGAUCCCCUCUUCCUGCUUCUGUUUGUCUGCCCAUCUGCCCGUCUUCACAUCACUCCUCCUCCUCCUCCUCCUCCUCCUCCUCACGUUUUCACUUUUAAAAAUUUUUACACGCUUCACUUUGGCCGAUUAGCGCAUCGUUAGCGUGUUUCCACGUCGGCGUUCGCUCCCUGUGAGAGCCUCCUCCGGCGGGAGCUCAUUAUCGCCGGGCAUGAAGUUGACUGCCAGGGUCCCGGCUGAUUUGUCACAUCCCAGUUCCCCUCCUGCCGCCAAAGCCAGCAGAUUGGGGGUGUUGUUGAGCUAUUUGUGUGUGUGCGUGUGCGGGGUGGAGAGGAUUGUCUGGAACGGCGUGCUCCUGGGAGCCACACAAAGCGUUUUUCUACGGCCCGUGCUUGUUACUGUCUUGUUUCCUGACAGUAACUCUUGUCGGCGGAGAGGGACGGCGGAGAGUCACACGGCUGCGUGUUGAGAGCGUUUUCAUGUGGCGUUUGUCAUGUUGCUGGUAUUGUUUACAGUAAUUUAUGCGGUUGUGUUUAUGGCUCCAUGUUGUACUGGGAAAUGGAAAUGGCGCCGCGGCAGAGCGUCAUCCACUCAAAAGAUGCAUGAGAUGAGCUGGAGGAAGGAAAUCGGCAAUGAAGGCGAAGAUUUAUGACUCAGAGAGACAUUUUCAGCGCGUCGGCUUCAUCAGAGUGGAGACAGAUUCAUCCGGAAGAAGCCUGACAACUCUUUAACUAAAGUAGUCGCUGUCAGCGUCUCUGAAAUCGCAGCUUUCUGUCUGCCGAGACGAGGAAAAGGAGAGUCUGGGUUUCAUUUCAUCUGUUAACAUGUUAAAGCGAAGGAGGGAGGGAGGGAGGGAGGGAGGCGUGGAACCAAAUCAGCCGGAGAAACAGAAAAAAGUGAAAAACCAAGAAAAGUUUUCAGAGUUCGAUUAGUCAAGACUCGGACCCGAGUCCUCGGAAACCCCCUUCAAUAUUUCACCACGUUAAAACCCCUAAAACAGAUCCAACUUUUACACCAACGACCAGAUGAUCCCAAUUAGACGAUUGUCAGAAUCACUUUUAUAAUUACACAUUUAUCUGCUGCCUUUUAUCUCCUUCUGCUGACUGCGGGAAAGUAAAUGAGAGAUUCGUCCCUCAGUCAGCGAUAGAUAGUCAGCGUUGAUAAGUCAGACCGCCUGAGAGGGUCUUCAAAACUCCAGGGUCCCUGAAAGCUCUGGUUGGAGGUCUUUGGUGAUAAUUUGGUGGAAACGAUGUUGGAGAAUGAAAAAUAAAAGUCAUCCCGGUGAUUCAGAGUCAACGUGAGUCAAACAUCAGGAAACGUCUAAUUCAGUAUCUGCAGGGUCGUACUUCUUCAACAUGUUACGCACAGUUUGGGUUCUUUCUACGAGUCUUAGACCACCGAGAGAGAGAGAACUGAUCAUGGUCGAGGGAAAGGUCAAAGCCGUCCAAUCAGAGAGGACGAGACGUCGGGUAAGAGAGGCGGUAGAGAUGAGGAGAUCAGACAUGGACUAAAAACAUGUCAGGAAGAGCUUCAAAUCAGAGGACACACCUGUCCUCCAGGGCGGCACGAUUUUGGUCAAAAAUAAAAUCCAGAUUUUUUUCUCUGAAAACUCGAUUUUUGAUUUUUUUUUCAGUAAUAACUUCACCAAACUUCACUUUAAAAAUAUUUUUUUUUUCUAUCGUCUCUCAAAAUGAAACCUGAAACGAUGUAGUACAUAUGCCAAGCCAGUAAGUGGCGCUGUAACGCUGCACAGGAAAUCAUACAGAUCAUCAUAAAGGUCGUUUUGGCGCCAUAAAAGAGUUCCUCUGUGUGUCACAUGAUCGUUUCCAGAGAUGCAGAUAGACAUCCACACGGAGAUGAAAUGGUCGUCGUUUACAGAUUUAUUCACUCUCUGACCCGUUUUCAAAAAGUACCGUUUACAGUCACCUGAAACGCCGUUUCCGUGGUGACGGGUUGAUACCACCUUCAGACAGACUUUGCAGCGGGGAGUGGUUUACUCUUCAUCUGAAACUGUGAAGUCGUACCAAUUCAACACGACUGACUUACCAUGUUUGUUUACACUGGUGUGUGUGGGAACUGUGGGAAGGAGGAGGAGCCUACGGUGGCCUGGAGGUGUAAGACAUGAUAGAGAGGAAAAUCGAUCUGAGGAUUUUAAUUUUCAUAAUCAAAUAAUCCGAUUACGUUCUAAAACCGAUUGAUCGCUCAGCCCUUCUGUCGUCUUCCUCUGAUUCUAACUUCACUUUUCAAACUCCAGCAGAAGUUCUCACCUGUCCUGUUUUCACUUUUUGCUCGUUACCGUCACUCUCCUGCUCCUCCUGUUUUUUUUAACAGUUCUUAACAGUCCUGACAAGACUGGAGCCAAACCGCUGAAAUUCGCCUCUGGGUUUUGUUGUCGGUUUAAUCACAAGGUGGAGAAUCAUCCUGAUAAAAUCUGUAUGAACUAAAGUCGGCUCUGUUUUCGUUUGUUUUCUCCUGACAGCUUCUCCUCGGCCUGCAGAACUUCGGACAGAUUCAUGAUUGCAAAAUCAAAUCUGCAGAACUCCGAAUUUAACCAAAAGAAAAUAAAGUUUGCAGACAAAUGAAAAAGUUGGAGUUCUUUUUAGUGUUUGUGCGAUACAAAAAGUCUGAAAAUCAGAGUCGUGUUUCUGAAUAUUUGAUCCGGUUGAAGAGUGACGUUCUGCAUCUGUCAGCGUCUACAGAUCAAUACUCAGCAGCUGAAGUUUGAUCACUCUCCUCGUAGGAUUUACAUCGAGGUUGUGCAGCAUGACACGGUCCCUCUCUGGAGGUCUGGGAUCAGUUUUGUCUCUGUGACAUCGGACCUGAUUAGAGAGGCUGAGAGAGGAAGAGGAUGAAGAGACGAGGAGAGAGGGAACCGGGGACUCGACUAUUCAUCUGUCACUAAUCCUGCGCAUGAUUCCCUCCCUCUGUUUGUCUCCCUCUCUCCCCUCUGUGCGAGCGUCCUCAUGUCUUUGUUUGGCAGUCAUCUCUCUCUUCCUCUUCUUCACCGCCUGCUCUCCGUCUUUCUUUGUCUACGUUUCCAUCGCUCCUCAUCCCAGAAGUCUCCUCAUUUUCCUCCUUUUCUUACUCAUCACUACCCCUCCUUCCUUCUCUGUGUGUCCUAUUAAAACGGGGAACAUGGAGACAGAGACCUGCCAGGUGUGUGUGUGUGUGUGUGUGUGCGUGUGUGUGUGUAAUUGACGAAGGCCUCGAGGUGUGAUGCUUCAGCAUUUCCGCAAACAAGCAGAUUUUACCGCCUCAGGGAUGAAUGGAUGGAUGUACGGAUGGAUGGAUGUAUAGUUUAGAGGGAUGGACAGAGUGAGUGAACGUGUGAAAGCUGGUGUGAAAGCAUGAGUCUGAGGGGGCGCAGCUGCAGCUGACAGACAUCACCUUGGGAAUGGACGGGGAAUGAAAUCCGCGCCGUUCGAGGAGAGGACGGCAAAUUUUUGCAGAUAAUUUUCAUGUGACAGUCGACGUUUUUCAGACGAGUCUUUCUGCAGGAAAAAUGAUUAACGCUCGGAGUCGCUAAUUAAGGCGCUCGUUUCUUUUAAAUGCUUUUUAUUGCUCUUUCCUGCUCUUGCUGUCGUGCGAUAGAAAAGAACUCCUCCCUGUUAAAACCGUCCGGCGCUGAGUCCAGUUUUUCAUUUUUUUUAACCUACUUAAAAGGAUUUCGUCCUUUUCCUCGUUACGUGUUUCAAAGUUCUUACUCGUCCAAAUAUAAACGUCUACAAAACAGGACAGACUCGGGUCAUGUGGUGAGACAGUUGAGUGUCAUCGGCGUAAAAUGAUCAUUUAUGGGACAGUGUGUGAUAAUGAUUCCAAGUGGAGGAUAACCCCCAAUUUCCACCGCGUCCGGAACGGCUGCGAAAAGGUCGUGCCCGCCGAUCGUAGCUGAUCGUAACCAUUCAAUUCUGGACUUUCUUGAGACGUUUCGCCAAAAGAUUGUUACCCCCCAAGUAACCCAAUUCUUGACACAAUCUACUGCUUAUAUGUCUAUGUGUCUGUCGUUAUAGAGACAACUCGUUAUCGUGCGAUUGAACGUGAAUCUGCAGGUUCUUGUGAGUUCUCACGAUUCCUGCUGUCCGUAAAUCGAAAUUCGCCUCACAAACAGAUCUGGUAGGAAUUGGCGUACGGCGAAAGUCGCAGUCAUUUCGGAUGUGUUGGAAAUCCCGGGUUACAUUGGAAAUAAAACAGGCCCAAGAACGCUGCCCUGAGGGACACCAUCUUUGAAAUCACGUGCUCCUGAACACAGUUCGUGAUUGACGAGUAAAAUACUGAUCUGAGGAAAGUUAAGUCGUACCUUUUUAGUCUUUCUUUGACUAAAUUUCAUAUCAUUAACUGAAUUUAGUUUGAGUGUUUUAUCAUUUAUCUGUUUCUAGUUUUAAAAACAGGAUCGUCUUUUAUUGAGCUAUUUCAGCACUCUAAUUUUAGUAUCUUUUUACUUUAUCUCUUUUUUUAUUAUUUUUUAAAUUUGACCUUGUCUUAAGAUUUUAACCCCAUCUCCUGUGUUUCCUUAUCUUGAAUUUUAAGAUUGCGUUUAUUCCCAUUUUUUCCAAAUCCGGCUCUUUUUAAGUUAACGCAUUUGAUAGUGCAAUAAGAUAAAGAUUGAUUGAUUGAUUGAUUUACAACUUUAAGUCAGGAGUACUAUUUCUGUCUGUGCUGACUUUGGCGCCCCCUGUGGACAAAGCAGGAACCCUUCUAUUGUUGCUAACUUUGUCUAAAUCUCCCCCUCUUUUUACGUUGAAAAGUUUCUCUCGCCGUAAAGAAACGGUUCAGUCUGCCCAGACACGUGUAUUCAAGAGGGAAUCUGAGUAAAUGUUCACCGACGGUUUUACGACCAGGAGGAACAUCGUUCCUGAAAACUGUAAUUACUCCGUCUGAGACAGUUUCCACUUCAACGAGAGGAAAAUGAAAUGAACGCCGAGUUCCUCCGACUGAAUCUUGACUCAAACAAAGACGGAAAUGAAAAGACUGUGAGACUGAUACACACCUGUAAGAUACACACCUGUAACUGUGAUACACACCUGUAACUGUGUACUCCUUUAAAAUAAUGAAAAGACGUCGGGUUUUUAAAAGAUUGAAGAUUUUAAAGCUAAAAAAACACGAGUCUGUCUUUGCCGGAACAGAGAGAGAGGACGGUUUCCUGUUCGUUAAAUUAGUUUAAUCCUGACGAUCAGAAACAGAAAUCAUUAUUAAACCUGUACUAAAGGUGUGUGUGUGUGUGUGUGUGUGUGUGUGUGUGUGUGUGUGUUAUAGUGAUAUACAGCAUCUGUCUGAUAUACUCUACAACCAUAUAGUGUCAUCACAUAUGUGAGUGUGUGAGAGGUUUAUGCUGAUGAGUGUGAAAACUGUGAAUGAGGACAGCUGUGAGGCUGGUGACUAACACACACUCACUGUUGGUCAGCUACACACACACACACACACACACACACACACACACUUUAACACACACACACACACACACACACACCAGCAGCAGCAGCACUGUGAAACUCCUGUAUGUGGAGCGUUUCUUGGUGUCCUCUCACUGUUUCUUUCAUGAUGCUCCGUCUAUCUCUGUGUGUGUGUGUGUGUGUGUGUGUGUGUGUGUGUGUGUGUGUGUGUGUGUGUGUGUGUGUGUGUGUGUGUGUGUGUGUCAAAUGGGCAGAUGUCCCCCCUCUGUGUCCCACAGAUGGGCUCUGGGAUGCCACAGUGUCCUUGUCCAGGAUUCACAGGAUGCUUGGACACACGCGAGCAAACUGAACCCAACUGGGCCCUCUGCUGAGAGUGUGUGUGUGUGUGUGUGUCUGUGUGUGUGUGUGUGUGUGUGUGUGUGUGUGUGUGUGUGUGUGUGUCAGCAGAGGAAAGACUGUGUCGUUUUUCAGUGUGUGCAGAUCAGAGCUCCGGCAAUCUCUUAAUCCUUCCUCGACUUUCUGUUGAGACCCCUGCUGCUCUCACUGCUUACCUGCAAUUACACCAUUACAGAUCUGUCUGUCUUACACACACGCGCACUUAAACACACACUUUCACACACACUCGCUCAGCGCAGGAAACCGUUUGCUCUCACCAUGUGCAAAAAUGCUGUGGGUUUUUUUUCUGCCAAAUUAAAAUAACGGUUUAGGUUUCUCUGAAAUGUGCAGCUGCAUGUUUAAAAAAUCAGAUUUAACUGACAAAGAUAUAAAUAUAGAAAUCAAACACUGGUCCAGAUGUAUUUAUAAGAAGCGUAAAGAUGAUUUCCCCGUCAGGACUGUUCCGAGUGCAGACGGAGGAGGAGAGAGAGAGAUCAGAAAACAGGUUGUACUGCUCCUUUAAUCUGCCCUUCCUGUGACCGGGGCUCCACCUGUGUGCUGAUGAGUGAGUCCUCGCACCUCCAACCUCUCUGCAGAGAGGCAGAUUGGGGACAUGUUGGCCCUCAGCAUGACUUAUGUAACUCACAGCAGGCCACAGGACACACACACACACACACACACACACACACAGAUGCAAAGGUGUGCACACACUCAUCCUGUAACAUGAUCCCGACAUCAGUGAUUAAUCUUACAAAUGAUUUCAUUUCAUUGAAAUUUCAGUUGAAACUCUUCUCUGGUCCGAGUUUGAUCAGUCGGUCUUCCUGUCGGCAUGAAGAGCAGUAACCUACAGUAUAUAUACAGUAUAUAGUAUAAUGUUGUAUAUAUGUAUCUUUUAUAACGUCAUAGAAAUUUUAAAAAAUCGGCCGAUUAAUCGAUAAUCAAAUUCUUUUCCUCCCUAAUAAUCGUCUUUGGCCCAAAAAAAUCCAUAUCCAUCGGGCCCUAAUAAAAUGACCUGUUCAAAAAAAGUGUUUUUUUGUUGUUUUUUUUUUGCGUCCUUCUCUGUCACAGCUCCUAUCGGCGAUUAUUAUUUUUUUUUGUUUGAUGGUAGGGGAAAGCUCCGCCUCCUUCGCCUCUGAUUGGCUAGAAGAGCUGAAAACGUCAUCACACGCUCAAGUCAAAGACGAGCUGUCGGCUCUGUACGCCAAACAGAACAUUAUCGCACUUUUGAAUCUCCGAACCCGACAGACGACGACGUUUCACUGUCAUGAGGAAUAACCAAUCAGAGGCAAAGGAGGGCGGGACCUUCCCCUACCAUCCUUAAAAAAAAAAAUUUGCGUCCAGGAUGGAUGGCUCCCAUUGGUCGAUGUUUUUGCAGCCCUGGGCCUGAUAGGGUGAACAGAUUUUUUCAGAUAUUUUUUCUCUUCACUUCGUGGAGAUCGAACUAUAGGACCAUGAUCGCCAUGGAAACGAGGUUCAUAAUAAUUACCAAUCUCUACAAUCGUCGACCAUGCCAGAGUCUGAGAAGAUCUGAUCUGCAAACUUCAGGUCUGAGAAAUGAACUUGUGCCUGAUUGUCCAAGAUGGCUCCUCUCAGAAACGUCUCUCAUCUCUCAGGGGUGUGUGAGCGUCUUCACGUUUCUUCUUCUUCCUCUCCGUCUAAACUUCUCUCCAUCUUUUAUUUCACCGUCUGAAUUAUUCACCGGCUUUUACAGCAAGGACUUCCAACACGCCGGAGCGCUGAAAACACAGCUGGAGCCGGAGUUAAAACGCUUCAAACAUCGGCGAGUGACACCUGUUGGUGACGCGGAGAGACGUGACGUCGAGGGAUUGAGUCACCUGGUUGUCAUGGAAACGAAGACGGAGGGAGAGUGUGGGGGGUUUCUUUCUGCUCGUCGGCGCACGUUAAAAAGUGUCGAAUUAAGAGAAAUGAGAGGGGCGAGUUAGGGAUGGAGGGAGAGAGAGAGGUGGUGUUAGGACAUAACACACACACGCGCGCGCACACACACACACACACACUCACACUCACACGGACACACACUCAGUGACAGUGAGCAGGGGGCUGCAGGCGACUCUCUGUCACAUCUCUAAUCCUCCUUAUUGUCAGAGUCAAGAUAGACUCCAGCGCUCUACUCCUCCUUCAUCACUCCAUCCUCUCCUCCUCCUCCUCCUCCCUCCUUCAUCACUCCAUCCUCUCCUCCCUUCCUCAGCCUCUUCCUCCCUCCUUCAUCCCUCCAUCCUCUCCUCCUCCUCCUCCCUCCUUCAUCACUCCAUCCUCUCCUCCCUCUUCUCCUCCCUCCUUCCUCUCCUCCUUCCUCUCCUCCUCCCUUCUUCAUUACUCCAUCCUCCUCCUUUCCUCCCUCUCCACAACCCUCUUUCAUCUCUUCCUUUUUUUCCUCCUUUCCUCCAUCCUCUUCUCUCUUCUUCUCCUCCUCCUUCCUCCUCCCUCCUUCCUCCCUCUAUCCUCUCCUCCUUUCCUCUCCCUCCUCCUCCCCCCUAACUCACUCGUUUUCUCUCCAUCCUGUUCGUCUCUGCUGUUUUAAAUUGGAUCCCUUUCUCUCUCUCUCUCUCUCUCCUCAUUCAUCGUCUUGCUCUCUCGCCCUCUCUCUGUUCCAGAUGUGUGGGUCGGCCCGUUUUGGCAUGACUUGAACGUGCGCAGUGACUCAAACGGUGUGUGUGUGUGUGUGUGUGUGUGUGUGUGUGUGUGUGUGUGUGUGUGUGUGUGUGUAGUGGGGAUAAAUAAUGGAAGUGAAGACGACGAAACGACUUGUUCUCUCUCUCUCUCUCUCUCUCUCUCUCUCUCUCUCUCUCUCUCUCUCUCUCUCUCUCUCUCUCUCUCUCUCUCUCUCUCUCUCUCUCUCUCUCUCUCUCUCUCUCUCUCUCUCUCUCUCUCUCUCUCUCUCUCUCUCUCUCUCUCUCUCUCUCUCUCUCUCUCUCUCUCUCUCUGACUCGGCCCCCCGCUGAGCUGAGUGGGCCGACCGAGGCUAACUCUCAAAUGCUCGCCAUGUACCACCACGGGCAGAGUGAGCGCCCAUGAUCGUGCACGUUUCCCUCCGUGCGUGUGCGUGUAUUGAGUCCUAACAGUCAAACCUGCAGAGAGGAGCUGAUCCUGUUCUGAGGAAGAGGAGCUCUGAUUCAGUUUAACCGUCUCCUUGUUAUUUUUUACUCCUGUGUCUGAUUUUGUCCUUUGCGUCGCCGUCAUGUCAGGAGGAAGUUUCUCUUAAAACCUGCAGAUUUACCUCCGUUUAAAAGUAAAAUCUUCUUUUCCUGCGUUAAAACAGCAGCUGUCUCCCUCUGUAAUUACUCUGUGUCUGAAUCCACGUGCGUCCUCGCCGCUGUAAUUACUACGUUUUAGUUUCUGGAUUUGACAGGAUGGUUGACGACAAUGAAAUCGAGGAAUUAGAAGUUUUAAAUCAGAUUAUCUUCUAUUUGUGUUUUCGCUUUGACAUGUUUUCCUCUUGAGCUUAAAGCCUCAAAAAUGUUUUAUUUCUCUGAGUAUCAGGAUGAAAAACAAACGUUUUCCACCCUGAAGCCUGGACCCUGAUCCCAACAAGUUUCAUGGUAUUUCUCCUUCAGUUUGUGAAGUCCAACUCAAAAUUUCACAUGGAGAACGGCGGCGAAAAGGCUGUCGGCGCCGAUUGCCGCCAAUCGUUUCCAUUCAAGUUAACGUGUCAAACUCCAUCGGCUUCUGUCCGGCUGCGGUUCAGCGGGUUUCGUAGCUGGCAGCUUUCAGGUCCUCCUGUUUUCUCCGUGUGACCCCCGACCUCCACCUUCAUCCUGAUCGUCUCCUAAAAGGUCGUAUCCUCCGAUCGUAGCUGAUCGUAACCAUUCAAGUUAACGUGUCAAUUUACACCGACUUCUAGUCUCGCCGGACUCCUCAGCUGAUCACAAGAGUUCUAUUUUUUCUGGACGCCGGAGCAUGGCGGAUAAAUUCAGCACAGAUUAACCCGUGCUGGAAAGGAAGUCGGGCACAGACACAAAAUAAAACAUCCGGCUUCUUUUCAAAAUAAAACACACCAUGCAAACGUGUUUUGUUUCGUAGAUAAAGAAAAAUAUUGCCCUUACUUUACACUGUCUGAAAAUCGCCUCACAAACAUAUCUGUUAGAAAUCGGCAACCAUCUUUGAAAUCACAUGCUCCUGAACACAGUUUGUGGUCGAUGGUGUAAAAUACUGAUCUGAGGAAACUUAAGACGUACCUUUUUAGUCUUUCUUUGACUAAAUUUCAUAUCAUUAACUUAAUUUAGUUUGAGUGUUUUAUCAUUUAUCUGUUUCUAGUUUUAAAAACAGGAUCGUCUUUUAUUGAGCUAUUUCAGCACUCUAAUUUUAGUAUUUUUUUACUUUUUUAUUUUAUUUAAUUUUUUUUUAUUUCUUAAAUUUGACCUUGUCUUAAGAUUUUGACCCCAUCUCUGGUGUUUCCUUAUCUUGAAUUUUAAGAUGCAGUUUAUUCCCAUUUUUUCUAAAUCCGGCUCAUUUUAAGUUAACGCAUUUGAUAGUGCAAUAAGAUAAAGACUGAUUGAUUGAUUUACAACUUUAAGUCAGGAGUACUAUUUCUGUCUGUGCUGACUUUGGCGCCCCCUGUGGACAAAGCAGGAACCCUUCUAUUGUUGCUAACUUUGUCUAAAUCUCCCCCUCUUUUUACGUUGAAAAGUUUCACUCGCCGUAAAGUAACGGUUCAGUCUCAAAAUAAAACACUCCGUGUUUCAGGAGGAUCGUAUUUCACACCAUGCAAACGUGUUUUGUUUCGUAGAUAAAGAAAAAUACUGCCCUUACUUUACACUGUCUGAAAAUCGCCUCACAAACAUUUCUGUUAGAAAUCGGCAGACGGCGAAAAUCGCUGCUGUUCCGCAUGUGGUGGAAAUUUGGAGUAAGGGGUGGUAUAAAAAUGAAAAAUGAGGAUGAGGGCACAGAAACAGGACGUGAAUUUAUUUUCUAUGUUUAUUUUAAAGCAAAUUUUCAACUUAAAGAAACAAAAAAAACUUCUUAAAUGUGUCAAAAUAAUCAUCAAAGUGAGUCUGUCGGCUUUUUAAAGUAGCUGACAUCAUAUUUUCACACUGCAUGAGUCGAUUAUGUCAAAAAUACAAUUAAACUAACUUUGUUUGAUAAUAAAGAUCACAGUUACCGUAUUUUUCACACUAUAAGGAGCUCUUAAAAUCCUUUAAUUUUCUCAAAAAUCCUCAGUGCGCCUUAUGUACGAAUUCUGUUUUCGCUGACCGACCUCGAACCGAUUUUCUGCUCAAAAAUCUGUCAAAAUGUUUUAUUACCUUUACGCCCAUAUUUCCUGGACUAUAAGUCUCUCCAGAGUUUAAGUCGUAGACGCCGUCAAACUAUGAAAAAACGUGUGACUUAUAGUCCAGAAAAUACGGUACUUACUCUAUUUUCCAUUUUGCUCGUUCUGUCCCUUUGCUUUUCAGGCAAACACAGAAACACCGCCCCCUCUCUCUCUUCCCCUCCAGUUCUUCAGAGUCCUCCUGAAUGACAGCUUCAGACAGUGACACGGAUCAUUUGUUGAUUUCGGAGUUAAUCAAAGACUAAAGUCUCAGUUAUCGUUCAAAAGAAAGGAGUCGGAGCGUCGUGGAAAGAUCGGACGUGAUUCGUUUCAGGACUAACUCCGAUUUCUGCACCUGAGGCGGACCGGCAGGUGGUCUCACCUGUCGAGGCUCCUCCCCAGAGCUGCGGAGUCCUGAGGGAACGCCAGACUCCCCCCCUGUGAGUGGUUUUAAUUGAAAAAGCUCCCUGAUGAGGUUUACUAAUUAGGAGGAGUGAGUGUGCAAACCUGUGGGUAUGAGGCAGGAGAUGUUUGGAGACGAAGCAGGAGGAGAAACGAGCGCCGGUUCAUUCUUCAAAUACGCAAGGAUACCUGUUACUCUGUGUGUGUGUGUGUGUGUGUGUGUGUGUGUGUGUGGACACCAGCUCCUGCCUCCCAGGCUGUUAUCAGGGUCGUUAAGUCGUGAGUAGUUAAUUAAAUCUCGCAGAGGUGAUCACGGUCGGCUGUUUUUACUGCGCUGGUGCGUGUAAUGAUUAACAGGAGCUCUGUGUCACACAUUAAGACGGACCUCGUUACUGUAAUCCCGCUUUAAUUCCUCUGUCUCGUUACGUGUGUGUCAAACUCUGGAGGCGGAGGAGGAGGAGGAGGAGUUUAGUCGACCAACCAGCAGAGAAAGAUCUGAUCACAGAGCAACUUUGAGUUCAACUUUGAGAACUUAGUUUUAGAAAAGUACCACAGCUGAUAUCGGCGCUUACUCCCUGAACUCUCUCCAAACUCUUCCUCUCUCCUCCUCCUCCCCCCCGGACCUCCCGGACCUCCCGGACCUCCGAACACCUUCACCGGUGAUGUAGUUCUGAAAGAUCCCCCCUCAAACACAGAAAGCUUUCCUCUCAGAGAGCAGACGGCGAGUGAGAGGGAGGUGAGAAAAGAGAGGGAGAGAGAUGAAGCGGUGUGUCAAGGGGAGGGGGGGAGGGAGGGAGGAGGAGAAAUGGACGGAGACAUGAGAUGAUAGAGAGAGAGAGAGAGAGAGAGAGAGAGAGAGAGCGAGAGGGAGGGAUGGGUGCUUCUCAGCCUUCGGCACAGACUCUCAAUGAUUCAUGGACUUACUCCAGUGAUAUCAGGAGGCCUGCUUUAGACACACACACACACACACACACACACACACACACACACACACGCACACACACACACACACAAACUUAAACAGAGCUCAGCGCCGCCAUGUUUGUGUUAAAUCCUUAAACACGUUUCAGGAGAAGUUUGACUUUUUCUUCGACCACGAGGUGAUUCAGGGUUUUACUGACCCGACUAAAAACACGCAGCUUUAAAACACACAUCAGAAGAUGAUUUCAAGAUUCUACCACCACUUAACACACACACCCCUGAACAAAUGAUUAUGUACUGAUAAUUAUUAUUCUUGACUAUUUUUCAAAUCUUCCUUAUUCUUUAAUUUCCCAGAUUUUCUUGGUUUAUUAAGGACAUUUUAAAUAAAGGUGCUAAAGUUUACAUUAUAACCGUGGAGGAAAUCUGCAGACUUUAUACUGGUGGGCCAAUAAUAACACAAAUAUGAGAUGAUCAUGUGGGCCAGGUUUGGCCCCCGGGCCUUGAGUUUGACACCUGUGCUGUACGGUCUGUUGAGUCCAAGUUUUGCUCUCUCUGUUCAGUUCUCUGUUACCGUGUCGUCAGAUAAUAAAUAGUUGUUUUUUAAAACCUAACCUCAUCCUAAUGUCAUUCUUUACAAUACGCUUUGUGUUGUUUUGUCCGUCAAAAUGGCCUCACUGGCACGUUACACACCACGCCCCCACGCUGUUCUGAGCAUUAUUUGUGGCUAUAGAGUGGCGUUUUGGUUGGGGGCGUGGCUCUCUGUAUUUCUAUCCUGCGGUCGUUACGAAGCAAGCGGUCGACAACAUUCAUCUCUGGAGGCGGGGUCUAACUCGGUGUUACGGUGUGUUUGACCCUAAAUUAAUUUUACGCCUGAAUAUCCCUUUAAGUGUUUUCAUUUCAGUUACAGGGAUUUAAAAGAACUUUUUAGGACACAUGAUUACUUACCUGACUUUGUUGACGCCUUUAUCAGCACCGGAGCUCCAGUUCGUUACCUGCCUGAACUAGCACUCUGAUCAGUUUGAGGUUAAACUGACUGUCAUCAGCGGGUUGAUUUUACCCAUAAUUCAUUUUGUUUAUUAAAGUUUAUUUCGCUCAGAUUAGUUUGGACGCUUCAUUAGCCUGAAAAACUUUGAAAUCUGAGAACGCUUCGAUUCUCUUUCAUGCAGAUUUCCAGCUCUUUAAAAGCGAUAAAACGUCUUUGUGUUCAGUGUGUGUGUGUGUGUGUGUGUGUGGAGAAGGAAAGCACUCUUGUUUUCCUCCCUGAGCGCUGCCUGAAGGUGUACCUGGGGAUUGAGCGCUCCAACACAAACAUCUGUUUUCUCCUUUUUUAAACCCCAGAACAAAUACCAGCGCGCCACAUUAACACAAUCUUUAAUAUGCUCCACGCUUCCCCCGAUUCUCCUCCUCGACAAUAACACAAAUCACUUGCACCUUUGUAAUCCCGUCCCUGAUAGAAAACGGCGUACAUCAGGAGCGGGGAUAUUAUCCGUGGAAUUACAUUCGGUUAGCGUGGAGUUUGCUCGGCAAACACAGGAGUGGGUCUUUUUUACGGAGAGGAUCUGGGGUCACUUUCUUCAGCAGAGAUAAUCUCGUUUUAGAAACUGUGAUGCAGACGCCUCCAGUCGGCACGGAGACGUUUUUCUGGCACAGCGGACACAAUGAGGAGGUUUUCCUGCAAAGUGAGAUAUAAGCGUCGUGAAAGGAGUGAUUGAUGUCACCAAAUUAAAACAAGCUGCGGCGCUUUACGUUAUAAAGGACGCUCUAAUCCUCGCUUGACAAAAUGAUAGACCGGAUCUUGUUUUACAUGUGCGGCGUGACAAACUUGGAGUGAUGAUUUUCUUUUUAAUGAGCCUCCAAAGGAAUCUGGAAAGUUUUUAAUUCGAGGAAGUGAAGUUUCUCGAGUUUUGGCAGAAGAAGUGUCGGUGAUGGCUGACAGAUUACCUGUGCUCACUUCACAGGAAACGCUGACGCUUUCUGACAGUUUCAGCAGACGGGCCUCCGACAAAAUCGAGAAGACGCUUCGCUCCAACUUCUUCUACUUCACUCCAGUGUUUUUCAGUUUCCUGCACAAACUUUGUCCAGUUUGAGUUUUACAGGAAAUCUGCAGCUCAAAUAUAUAAAAACGCGUCUUUGGCAGCAUGUUUACUGCGGUUUAAAUGACGAUAUAGAAGAUUUACUCUCAGCGCUGAAGUUCCUGUUUGCUUUAGCGGGUCGUGGAGAAACAGCAAAGAUGCAUCAUCUUCAGCUCAAAGCUUUAAAAUAAAAAUAACACGUAAUAGUGAUUAUUCUUCAUCUUCCUUAGUCUCCGUAAAACUUUAAAACCGUGUCGUAAAGUCGUCUGAAUGAACGGUUUGACGCUCGGAUGGAAACACCAACAUGGACGCCAAAAGGUCGAUCAUCGUUCUGCCUGAUUUCGAUGAAAAAAUGCGAACAUGAAUUUAUUUCUUUGUGCUGAAACGCCACCUAGAGGACAAAAGACAACGAAGCUAUCAGUCGGGUUGUUUAAAUUUGAACGAUUCCGGUUCCUAACGAUUCUCUAUUUCGAUUCUUUUAAAAUGUACGGUUUUAAUGAGCGCGCUAACCAGAGUCUGGAAUUUUUAAAUGACUUGAACUUUUUAUUAAACUUUACUGUAAAUUUCUCACAGAGUUAUUUUAAACCAGUUUAUAAAUAUCAAUCUUUGUCGUCAGGUCGUUUGUCUAUGAAGUCGAACACGGACUAAAGUUAGUUGGAUAUUUAAGUCGACUCAUCAUAUACAGUAAAAUCUGUUUACCGCUUCAGUGUUCGCAAAAGACCGACGUACUUGAUUGUUUUACUUAUCUGGUUCUGACUGGUUGUUAGAAGACUCAAAGACGUGGCACUCGGUUAUUUCUACUCCAUGAAUCCAGAGGUGUUUGUUUGAUCAUGUCGGUCGUACAUCGCACAGAGAACGCUGAGCGGAGUGAUACACGCCACGAAAACAAGCUAGUGCGGGAACUCGGAACCAAAAAAAAAAAGAACCAAAAUUCAAAAAUCUGCCGAAUGAUUCCAGAACCGGACGUUAGUAACCGGUUCUCGGUACCCAACCCUAUCGGACUAACCUCAUAAUUGGUCUGUUUCUCUGAAUCAGACUUCUCUCCUCGUCCUCGUUUACAUGCAGCUGAGAAAAUCAAAUGAUUGACGUGAACGUGUCCUCCUCCCCAACACUAGGGGGCGAUAUGGGUCUUUACAGCGGCGCUGUUUCUGGUCGGUGUCAGACGUCAGAAGUGUCUACAACUGCUGCUGGGCAUUUUGGAGAAACAAGAAGAUGGAGCAUCGUACAGCGUUGUUUUUGUCCGACAUGAUGGACGCGCUACUUUUUCUAAAGAGGAGACCAACGCUACUCCUCUACUCUGGGGGUUUUGUUACGGGGUUACGGGGGCGUGGCCUCAUACUCCGACUACGCUGGUUACAUGGUAGAGAAAAUCAAAUUCCAAUCAGAUUAUCUGGGUGUCUUAAUCGCAGUUCUCCGACUCAGAUUAUAGUCGGACUAAAGUGUUUACAUGACCUUCAGUUGUCCGGUCUUAAUCGGAAUAAGGCGAUAAUUCGGUGUAGUGUCAUGGAAACGUACUUCGUCCAGUUGUCCUUUCCAUGUGUAGAUUCCCACUCCAGAGUCAUGUGACUAACCUGUUGGACAUAGUUGGUUUGAAAUCAUCUGAAAACCAUAAAAAUCUGUUUUAUUUCCGAUCAUUUUAACCCUUAAAUGUCUUUUAAACUUCGUCCCUCAGAGUUCGUAGUUCUUCGACUCCAAUCAGAGUUCUCAAACUUCGAUUAUAGUCGGACUACGGUGUUUACAUGACCUUCAGCUGUCCGGUCUUAAUCGGAAUAAGGCGAUAAUUCGGUUUUCUCGAAUGUCAUGGAAACCUAGUAAGCGUGGAUUAACUCUGAGACAGCUGCGCUGACUCCGCCCCUUUUUUUUUCCUUAGAUUCAGGUCGUCUCUAAAGCUUUAUUUCCGAAGGUUAAGGAGGAUGAUUCUGAUUUUUGAAGCUUAGAGAAAGAAAAUAAAAAUGUCCCACAGGAAACAGAAUCGACCUGAACUCUAAAUAUUUGAGCUUUAAAAGGUUCGUUUCUUCUUCUUCUUCUUCUUCUUCUUCUUCUUCUUCUUCUGCACACAGAGGUCCGACCCUCCGCCCUCCUCAUCCAUCUUUCACUUUGUUUGUCCAGAGGAGUCUCCGUCUGUCCGUCUGAGUCUCCCGGCGUAGAAACCUCCUCUCUUCUCCUCUUCUCCUCUCCUCCGUCAGCUCCUCUUUCAUCCCUCCAUCCACGCAGAGCGAAUCAGGAGCAUCAAUCGCGGCGCCGAGUUCAUCUCAUUUUAAUUGAGACGUCCGUGUUAAGACGGACAUGAAUAUUACAUCCGGAGGGGUCAUUAAUAUGCUGAGGCCGCUCUAAAUGUUUGAAUACCGCCGCGCUGAAUUAUUGAGGGUGUGUUCACGGGCGGCGGCGGAUCGGGCCUCGCAAAUGUUUAGUCUCUGAUGUUCAGGAAGUGAGGGAAUUUUAAUCGGCUACGCUGCUUAAAGUAGGACGUUAUCUCCCAUGAUGCACCGCUGCACGCGUUCGACCGAACCCCUUUUUUAGCCGGUGACCACAGAGUCGCUUUCUGAGCUUCUUCUUCUCGACGAGACGCGAAGACAAAGAAAGAGCGUGACAGGUAUUUCUUCUUCCUGUUUGUCUGUUUCCCCAUCUGUCUCUGACACACACACACACACACACACACACACACACACACACACACAGGAAAUUAUUCCAAAAACUCCUCGUCUGAUGUUCCACUGAGCACAGACGCGUGGGGCAGCGGCGGCGGCGGCGAUAAAGUUGGCGUUUCGAGUGACUGCACUUGGCAAUUUAAAAAGAGGCCGGUUGCACAGCGGCGGCGGCGGAAGACGUCGUCGCCUGCGGUUGCGCUCACACACACGUGCUGGCGUCUCGGAGAGGAAGAUGGAUCGGAGUACAGAUUGUAAGUGACAUGUUAAUUUCUUCUCCGUCACUCAGCGCCCGCCGUCCGCUAUCAAAGUAAAAGGGACACGAGCCCCCCGCCAUCAACGCUCUCUUCUUCUCCUCUCAUCUCUUCCUGUCGUGGAGCGUUCUGGGGUGUGACUGUGAUCACAGAGACGCUGAGUGCGGCUUUCCCCGGGUCUGUUUGACUCAUGAGGCGCUGUGGGCGUGUCCUCGUCUGAAAGGUCAAACCGUGUUUAGGAGGAAGAGGAGUGAGAGGUCGGCUUGGAUCGAAGAUCUCUGGACUCUGGACGAAGAAGAAGAGUGUGUGUGUGUGUGUGUGUGUGUGUGUGUGUGUGUGUGUGUGUGUGUGUGUGUGUGUGUGUGUUGGAGAGUUUCUCCAGCUGGAACGAAAAACAAGAAUAAGCUUGAUUCUGUAUCACGUUCACCUUUAGGGUUUGUCCACUUGAAGUUACGCAGAGUUCAGUUAAAGGUGGUGUAGUCAGGAUCUGAGGAGGUUCCAGUUUUUUGGAGAAAUCUUGAAUGUAAACUCUACCCCUCCCAACCAG